AUGUUCUUUGGCAGGUUGUGGGACACGAGUGGAAAGAUCUGUGGAGAGAAUCUAUGGAGGAAACAUUGCUGUGGAAGGGGAGUGGCCGUGGCAAGCCAGUCUUCAGCUGAACGGCAUCCAUCGCUGUGGCGCAACACUGAUCGGUGAUAUAUGGCUUUUAACUGCAGCUCACUGCUUUAGAGGGUGAGAAGAUCUCUCCCCCCCACCUCCCAGCCUUGCUAAAACUGUAUCUAGGUUCUGCACCAACAUUACAUGAGUAAUCAGAAUCUUUAGUAAGCUAUCACAUCACGUGCAACCUCAACCCAGCUAUAUAUAUGUUCAAAACAUAUGAAAUUGAUGCUUACCGUAUUUUUCGCUCUAUAGGAUGCACUUUUCCCCUCCAAAAAUUAAGGGGAAAUGUGUGUGCAUCCUAUGGAGCGAAUGCAGGCUCCUUGGCUUCAGCAAAAGCAACGCGAAGCCUCCGAAGCGCAGAGGGAGCGCUCCCCCCGCGCUCCUUGGCUUCGCGUUGCUUUCGCUGAAGCCUGGAGAGUGAGAGGGGUUGGUGCGCACCGACCCCUCUUGCUCUCCAGGCUUCAGGGAUAGCUGCCUGAAGCCUGCGGAGCGCAGCGCAAGUUCCCACUGCGCUCCGCAGGUUUCGGGUUCCUUUCAGCAGAGAGGGAGAGCUGCGCAGCGCCCCUUCAGCCAAGCGGGAGGAGAAAUGGAAGGGGCUCCGUUUCUCCUGCCGCUUCGCUGAAGGGGCGCUGAGCAGAGAGGGGGAGAUUUUUUUUUCUUGUUCUCCCCCUCUAAAACAAGGUGCGUCCUAUGGUCCGGUGCGUCAUAUAGAGCGAAAAAUACAGUAGUUAUUUUGCCCCUGCUCAUGGUUCUCCUCCCAUCCUGGCUUUCUUUCUUCCACGUUAGACUUAUUUCUGGCCGGGGAGACCUCAGGGGGGAGAACUGUGGAGCCAAAUCAGUAGGAAAGGGGAGAAUUCUGCCCUAUACAAUCCCCUCUUUUGCCUUAAUAUUAACUUGUUGUUAAGAAAGGCUGGAGUGCAAUAAAACUCUGUAUGCAUGUUGAGUAGAAUGGAUGAUUAUUCUACCGCUCUCAAAUGUGUUUUAGAGUGAGGGAUCUCCGUAGCUGGACAGCUAGCUUUGGGGCCCGUUUAAACCCUCCACUAUUGAGAAGGAACCUUCGCCAGAUCAUCGUGCAUGAGCAAUACGCCGAGAGCGUCAUGAGACAUGAGUUUGACAUUGCUGUCGUGCAGCUUGCGUACCCAGUUCAGUUUACGGCAGCCGUGCACCGCAUCUGUCUCCCAGAGGCGUCGCAUAUCUUUCCAGAAAACACCACCUGCUUCGUCACGGGAUAUGGUGCUCUGAGAGAUGAAGGUCAGUAAACUAUCUGUUCAGCUUAAACACAGACGUUGACUUUCAAGGUGCAGUCUCUGUGGCAAGGCCGGUUCCAAGUCACAGAGUGACAUUCCCCCGCUGGGCUCUCCCAUAGCAGGUCCAAUCCCAAACCACCAGUUAGAAAAGAAGAAGAAGAGUUUGGAUUUGAUAUCCUGCUUUAUCACUACCCGAAGGAGUCUCAAAGCGGCUAACAAUCUCCUUUCCCUUCCUGCCCCACAACAAACACGCUGUGAGGUGAGUGAGGCUGAGAGACUUCAAAGAAGUGUGACUGGCCCAAGGUCACCCAGCAGCUGCAUGUGGAGGAGCGGGGAAGCGAACCCGGUUCACCAGAUUACAAGUCCACUGCUCUUAACUACUACACCACACUGGCUCUCCAAAGAGAGUUAUCCAAAGUUAUCUCCAAAGAGUUAUCCAAAGAGAGCAAAGAUAUAAGCAGAGGGAAGGUGUUGCUCCUGCCACUACAAGCAGUGGCAUGGCAUAGGGGUGUGGGGAACAGGACCUGCGUGGGCCCAAACCUUCCAGAGGACUCCCUCUCCCACUUUGUGGGAGUGGCUGCUACUCCUCAGAAGCACCUGAUCCGAAGUUGGGUUUGGUGGACGGUCCUGAGGUGCCAAUGCCAUAAAGGGGACGCAAGUGGCGCUGUGGUCUAAACCACUGAGCCUCUUGGGCUUGCCGAUCAGAAGGUCGGCGGUUCAAAUCCCCACAACGGAGUGAGCUCCUGUUGCUCGGUCCCUGCUCCUGCCAACCUAGCAGUUCGAAAGCACGCCAGUGCACUAUGUGACACUAUAAUGUGAAACAGCUCUAUUAAAUUUUCAGAUUUUAAUGUAUAGUCUACAUAAAGGUUUACUCAAUUCUUUUUUUCUUUGCAUUUUCAAAAAGAGGAACAGAGAGCAUAUUUAACCCCCCUCCCCUGUCUCACUUACAACUUCAUACCAAAUACAGCAUGUAUGCAAAUACCAUAUGACUUCCCUUCCACACUUUUCCUGGUUCCUUUUGCUUUUCUACUACUUUUCUGUAAGUGCUGUUUUUACAUCAGUAGUAAGUUGAAGUAGUAAGGGUGGGUUAAACCACAGAGCCUCUUGGGCUUGCCGAUCAGAAGGUCGGCGGUUCGAAUCCCUGCAACGGGGUGAGCUCCCGUUGCUCGGUCCCUGCUCCUGCCAACCUAGCAGUUCAAAAGCACACCAGUGCAAGUAGAUUAUUAGGUACCCCUCCGGUGGGGUCGUAUGUGCUUGCAGGUGUCCAUAAUCUUGGGGUGCAAAAGGCACACAGGGGCACAGUUACCCCAUUCAGGACCAGGGAGUCCUCCACACCAGCCCGCCCCCUGUUCCCCAAGAACAGUACUUCUGUCUUGUCAGGAUUCAACCUCAAUCCAUUAGCCACCAUCCAUCCUCCAACCGCCUCCAGGCACUCGCACAGGACCUUCACUGCCUUCACUGGUUCUGUUUUGAAAGAGAGGUAGAGAUUGAGUAUCUGUAUCAAGUCUGGCUGAACCAGAGGUUUCAUAUUGCCAAUCCUAGAGGGUCACAUUGCAAACUCCCUGUUUUGUUAGGGCUCCCAGGGCUGAGCACGUAAUGCCUAAGGAACUCACUAGGCAAAGUUUAAGCAUCAGACCAUGAGAUCCUUGCUUCAGAUUUGGCAUCUCUUAACAACUCCCCCACCUGCAAUGGAGGUGAAGUGCUCAGAGUGCGUUGGUAGCAGUGCUUCUGUAACUGAACGAUGACUCUGUGGUCCUGUGUUGCAUGGGGUGUGGGGUUAUGUGGUGCUUCUAUGUGUGUUACACCGCAGGCUUCCUACAAAAUUUCACGCCACCCAUAUUAUUUUGGAACUAGGUCCCAGCGUCGGUGAACUUCGCCAAACAGAAGUGAAAAUCAUAGGCAAUGAGAUUUGCAACAGAUGGAACGUGUACAAUGGCGCCAUUUCGGCAGGGAUGCUUUGUGCUGGGUACCUGGAAGGAGGAAGCGAUGCCUGCCAAGUAAGUCCAAUAGCUUAAUAGUAGAGGGAUGCAGGGAGAGAAAUCCAUGCAGCUUGCAUUUUAAUGCAACGUAUCUAAUUUGCAGCUCCAAAGCCAGCAUGUGGCUCUAAACCAGGGGUUGGCAAACUAUGGUCCACGGGCCAGAUUCGGCCCAAUUGCCCUAGGGAUCCAGCCCGCGGAUGUUCUGUGGAUCAUCUAUUCUGUUCGUUAAUUUUUUUCCAUUAAUUUUUUUCAGCGGCGCCAUUGGGGGGCGCCAUUUCCCCCGUCCUCUCACACACCAUGGUCCCUCCUCCUGGCUUCUCCACGCCCUGCGUAGUGGAGGAAGGGGGCUGGGCUGAGCUGGCUGAGCGCCAUUUUGUAACCAAACAAUUAAACCCCUGUAUUGCAAACAAUCAUCAGUAAUAUCCAAGGCAACAUGAUCAUCAGUAAUAUCCAAGGCAACCUCUCCCGGCUGGAGAGGUUGCGCGGGGCUAAAGAAGCCAUAGCCCCGCUCAGCCUCUCCCGGCUGCAGAGGUUGCGCGGGGCUAUGGCAGAAGCCAAGACAGCGAGCGGGACACAUCCCGCUCGCUGUCUUGGCUUCUUUGCUCUUUGGGGCUGGGGGGGGGGGCCUGGCUUCCCCGGCAGCCCCAAGAAGCUCGCGGAGCAGCGGGAAGGCUGCACACCUUUCCGCUGCUCCCCAACCUGCUCUUUGGGGCUGGCGGUGGGCUUCCCCCCGCCAGCCCCAAAGAGCAGGUUGAAAGGAACCCGAAGUUGCCUUCGGGUUGCCUUCACUGAAGCCUGGAGAGCGAGAGGGGUCGGUGUGCACUGACCCCUCUCGCUCUCCAGGCUUCCAAGGUAGCCGCCUGAAAGCGACUGAACACACCUUGAACAGCACCUUGUUUUAGAGGGGGAGAACAAGGGGGGGGGAAAUUCUCCCCCUCUCUGCGCAGCGCCUCCUGCCACUUCGCUGAAGGGGCACUGGGCAGAGAGGGGGAGAAUUAUUUUUUUCUUGUUCUCCCCCUCUAAAACAAGGUGUGUCCUAUGGUCGGGUGUGUCCUAUAGAGCGAAAAAUACGGUACCCGCUGUUUUGUGGAAUUCUUCUUCAGCACAGCAGAUGGAUACGGAAAUGCUUCAUAAACUGCAAAUUAAUUAUUGAAAUGAUGACCUGCAUAUGCAUGGUAACUUACAAUAACUCAAAUUAUUAUAAACUGUACGCAUUAACUAUAAUGUCAAUUCAAUAUGAAAUGAAAGCAAAAGUACAUACCCCAUCUAUAUGGUGAAUGGAAUUGUAUAACAUCAGUUGCUGUGGAGCAAUGGUCAUAAGUUAGCAGCAUAGGUAGGCAGGGGCUGGGGGAUAGAGAGAGAAGUCCCCUCCGCCGCACGCAUGCGGUCCGGCCCUCCACAAGGUCUAGGGGACGGUGAACCGGCCCCCUCCCCAAAAAGUUUGCUGAGCCCUGCUCUAAACCCCACUGCACCAAAUAAUAUGCAUAUCAAAAAUGGUCUUCUUUCCUCUCCUAGGGCGACUCUGGUGGUCCUCUGGUUACUCCUGAUUCUAGAGGAAUAUGGUACCUGGUCGGCAUAGUGAGCUGGGGUGAAGAAUGUGCGAAGCCAAACAAGCCUGGAGUCUACACGCGAGUAACUUACUAUCGGGAAUGGAUUGCUGCCCGCACUGGGAUAUGAAGCUGCGAAGGAGGAUUGGCAGGCAAUGUCAGAGCCUGGAACCCCAAGACAUUUGGACUAUACAUAUAUAUACAUAUGAUGCAUAUAGCUCCAUUGUUUUGGUCCGUUCUGGUUUCAGAGCAGGCCUGGUGCCUCCACCAGAGGCACCAACACAAUUCCUUGCCAAAUUACGCUAUGCCCAUCAGCCUCAUUUUAUUUCAUGUUCUUGGUUUUGUUUUGUUUUUUGUUUUUUUACAAGGAGAGCAAUAGAUUGAGGAAUACAGUUGCAACCAGCAAGAAAUGUUUUGCUUGUGGUUCUUUACGUCGCCAAACCGUGAAACAGUUGUACUGUUUUAAUACAGUGGAUCUCUUAUUGCCGUAUCUUUUUUGAUAACCUGGCUGACAGUGCUUUUUUAAAGGGGUUCACAUCCCGUUUUGCUCAAGGCAAUGACUACGCAUAGGGACUAGGAACAGCCCGAUUUAUUUCCUCCCUCUUUCAAGUCUAAAUACCCCAGUCACAAAUAUCCCAGCCAGUAUCUUGGGGGAGGCGGGUCCUUGUGCAAGAGGCUGCCUGUGUUCUCCUUAACUCAGGAAUGGUGGAGAGGGGUGAGGCAGGAAGAUCGAGAAAGCACAGAGAGUCCACUGUGGUACAGUGGUGCCCCGCAAGACGAAUGCCUCGCAAGACGGAAAACCCGCUAGACGAAAGGGUUUUCCGUUUUGGAGGUGCUUCGCAAAACGAAUUUCCUAUGUGCUUGCUUCACAAGACGAAAAUGUCUUGCGAGUUCCUGCGGGGGUUUCCCCCCCCCUUUUCCCAAGCCGCUAAACCGCUUAUCAGCUGAUCGGCUAAGCCGCUUAACAGCUGAUCCUUAAGCCGCUUAUCAGCUGAUCGUUAAGCCGCUUAUCAGCUGAUCGCUAAGCCGCUUAUCAGCUGCUCGCUCCGCCGCUUAUCAGCUGAUCCGCUAAGCCCGCUAAUACUGUAGCGCUAAUCCGCUAAACCGCUAAUGGGCUUGCUUCGCAAGACGAAAAAACCCGCAAGACGAAGAGACUCGCGGAACGGAUUCUUUUCGUCUUGCGAGGCACCACUGUAUUCUGUUACCUUGAGUGUACCCUGAUGCAGAUCCGUCUUUCCCAUAGGACUUAGUGGCUCGUUGCGCCAGGGCGCCGGCCUCUCAGGGGUGCCCCAGCUUUGCCGGCGGCCUCCCCUUUCCCUGCAUGCCACCAGCUGUGCCCCACCAACCAUCUUUCCCUCCUACCCUCCUCGGCCCACCCCCCAUUUGUGGGCGGGCGCAUUGGCGCUGCUGCUGCUUGUGCUGCUCCCAUAAACGCUCUGUGGCAGCCGCACGGGCAGCAGUGGACAAGGAGCCGCUCCUCAACUCUGAGGCGGUGGCCGAGGACGGGCUGCCUCCUCCUCCUCCUCCCCCUCAGCCGUGGGAAUCCCAUCAGCCGCUGUCGUCGUCUGAGGAAGCGGUGGGAGCGGCAGUGGUGGGAGCGGCUCCCGAGGGGCCUCCUCCACGUCACCAGUGCCCGCCGCCCCACCACCACCACUCCCCGGGGCACAGGCGGCGGUGUGGCAACUGCCUCCUGCUCCUCAGGCCCUUGGGCCGCUGGGCAGCAGCGAGAGCGCUGGCAGCAGGCUGUCGUCAGGCAGCGGAGGAGGAGGCACCCUGGAGCCCCGCAAGCGAGCAUGGGGUUCUGGCGGUCUGGCCAGCCACACCGCAUCCACCACAUUGACAGCGUCUUCUGUGGGCAGCGGCUCCCAGGACUAGGAGGUGGUCCGCGAGUUGGGCCCCGAGUUCUAAAUUCUGAGAAAGGGAGGGGUGCCGGAGGGAUCUUUGCACCAGGGCGCCGGAUAUGCUUAAGACGGCCCUGCUCUGAUGUCAAGUUUCCCCUCAGAUCCAUUGUCCUGACACCCAAGAGCAUAACAAAAGGUUCUAUGAGCACAUUGUAUUUCACAAUGCGUGGUGCGCCUGCAAGCAUCAAACCAGUAUCGUGUUUUUGCUCUGCUUCCUGUGCACCUGAGGGGCCUUGGUGGACUUCUUGCUGCCAUCAUCAGGGCCUUGAGAAGGUGCCCCACAGAGGGCUCGCAGCAUUAACAUCCCACGAGGGACUUGCUUCUCCAAUAGCCACAGCCUUGGAUUCCAGCAAAAAAUCAGGCAUGGUUUUGCAGCCUUGCUUCCAGCUCACAAAACUCAGACUCCCCACGCUGGCCUUUGUCUUUCUAACUACCAGAGAGUUGAGGACCCCCCCCCCCCCAUUUUCUGUCUGGCACACAGCCACUUCCUUUGUUACCUGACUGGCCCAUACUUAGAGAGCCAUUGCCUCACCAGGAAGCUAGCCUGGCUUUUCCAGGAAUUGAAUCAGUGCUGAAUCCAGGAAUUAGAAGGGGGCUCAGGCAUACAGCCUACUGCCCCCAAACUCAUAACACUAACAUGCAAAACUGUGCAUUUCAAAGUAUUUUUCUUACGGACCAGCAUGGCUGCCUUUGUGGUUUCAUUAGCCAAAACGUUUAUCUGCAUUUUAAUUCAUCUCUUCAGCAAUAGCAAUAGCAAUAGCAAUAGCAAUAGCAAUAGCAACGACUGCAAUGUUCACAUAAAUAGGAGAGCACCUGGCUUAAAGGCAAAUGUAAGCCUUGCGUUCCCAUUCUAACUUCCUUCGUUGGGCAGUCAUUUGCUGGGAGUAUACCUGAGACCUAAGUUGUUUGCUUGCCACCUCCUCUGCAAAUCUGAUGCAAGAUUCAAGUCGCAUGUUGAGAUCCUUGUGUGAUGCAACAGAAUUAAGGUGGGAGCAGCCAAGCUUUACUCAUUUUUAUUUUUUUUAAUAGCUCGUCCAUGGUGUGUUUUCCUUCCCACCUCCUUUAAACUAUGCCUUGUGUUUGGAAAAUGCAACAAAUGUUGUUCGCCAGCAAGCGAGAAUAUAAUAGUCUGCGGUUAAAGAGUAAGAAUUAAUCAAUAAGGCUGCCCUGCCGGCUAAUUGAUCGUUGGGAUAGCUCAGUUGGUAGAGCAUGAGACUCAAUCUCAGGGUUGUGGGUCUGGGCCCCACAUUGGGCAAAAGAUUCCUGCAUUACAGGGGGUUGAUGACCCCCUUCCAUCUCUACAAUACUAUGAUUCUAUGAAUGCAGACAUUCCAGCCCAAACCCCAGCAUUAUUCCUUCAUCCCCAUAGUCUCUCCUCACACCUGACAGCUCAUCAUCCUUCAUGGCUUGGAUUACCGCAAGAGGCCCUGCUUGUCAGAUAUGGAUGGAUGACAUAGCUGUCAAUUUACAGAUUUGAAAAUAAGGGACCAGCAGCCUCGAAAACAAGGGAUCAGCAGCCAAAAUAAGGAAUUUUCCAAGCACAGGUAUGUUCAACUUCUGAGCCCCUCCGAGCCAAAGGCAGAAAGCCCAGCCAGCAGCCAAACGAAGCCUCAAGCGGUGGUUCCCACAGCGCAGCAACCCAGCAAAGGGGAUGCAGCAAGGAAAACCACCAUCACCUCUCCGCUGGGAAGCGCUGAGCAAAGGCGAGUCCCCAGGCAACGCGGCCGAUUUGAUCGGCACAAGGCAUGCAAGCUCCACCCCCCAGUCGUUCUUAGACUCCUUAUUGGGUGAGCAACGCAGCCAAGCAACACAGUUGGAGCCUCCCUCCUCCCUGGCUGGCAGGGAGGGAGAGGAGCUGCUUCCUUUGAAACCCAGGGAAUUUAAGGGACAUCAUCAAUAAGGAACAGCAGCAGGACACAGCACUGGGAUAAGGGACUUUCCCGCCAAAUAAGGGACGGUUGACAGCUAUGAUGGAUGAUACAGCCUUAUGCCGCUUGUGGACUCCUGCAGGGGUUCUCCUGUAGCAGAAAUGAAGGAAAAACAGAUACGUGUUUACUUCUUGCUUCUCUGGAAUCAUAGGUUUGCUGUCCAGCUACAAAUUACCCACGGCAGAUUCAAAUAAAGAAUCGGGACCUGCUGUUCCACUGCAUUUUUUAGUUUAUUCUGUAGGAAAAAGAGAAUGGCAUGUCAAUGUUGGGCUCACCGUUAUCCAUCUUGCAGCCCAGCUAGGCUGAUUACUGCUCAAACUGUGCAUAAACAAGUGUGCAGGCCAGCAGAUUCUUCCCUACAGAUGCCAACACCUAUUGCAGUGACAAUCCACAAGAGGGCACUGCUAUAUAGUUGCAGCUAUAACGUUUUAAGUGCAUUAUACAAACGUGACACUAGAUGGCACUGAUGAGCUAAUGGCAAAUUCCAUAUAUAUUUUACAUUUUUAACAAAAGCAUUUUCACAGCGUUUUCUUAAAUAUCUGUGUAGAUCCAUUCUCGGUCUUCCAGAACGACACAGUAAGCCCAGUAGCCAGGAACGUAACUCAUCCCUCUGGUCACUGCCAGAUCCUGGGGGGGAGUGGCUAGCAGGCAAGAAAACUAUUCACGCUUGUGCUAUGCCAAAACCUUCUCCUGCACUUGAAACGAAAAUGAAAACUAUUCUCAGUCAAUUAGUGAGAAAAGAAAUAUUGUUUGAAAAUUAUCAAAAGGGAUAGAGAUUUCAGUGAAAUUCCCAUAGGUUUUGGGUGCACUCAACUGGCUUUUGAGAUCGUCAAGGGGUGCAUGUGAGAAUAUUUUCUUUCAUCGUCUCCCUGGUCGUCUGCACUCUACAGCCCUCCAAGGUGCCUGCACUUCCCAGGGAAAGACAGAAUAAGAUAACUCCUCCCCGAAGGCUCUUCCAGAUCAGGAAGCCUAGGCAGCCAGGGAGGCUGCAGACAUGUUUGCUGGUGUCACGGACUGGUUGGACGCAGAAGAGCGGUGGGAGGCACUGGCUAGGGACCCACCAAGGGAAGAAAGCUCAGAGCCUGAGGAGUAGUAGGGGGAUGACGAUGAGUGGUCAGAGGCAGGCCCAGACAGAGGAGGGGGGCCAUAUGGGCCACUUGGCCCGGGCCUCCAAUUCCAAAUGGGGCCUCCGUCAGCAUAUUCACAAUUGCAGGGGAUGCACUGGGGCAAAUGUGGAGGCGCAAAGGCGGCGGCGGUGGGCGCAAUCCCUAGGGCCAUGGCUGGCAGCGCAAGAGAAAACCUUUCCCGGCAUCCGGGGCGGGGCCUGCGAUUGGCUCCACAGAGGAGUGCAGAACAGGCGCCGGGUGGGUGGAGGCGACCAAGGCUCCAGCAGCCAGCGUGCCACGAACUUGAUGGUGGACCAUGUUUUUCAUGCUGUUAAAAGUUGGUGAGUUUUUGUUUGAAAAAUUGUUUGCCAAAAAUUAAAACCACACGUACCUUAAAGAUAAGUGUGCUGGCUUUCUUAUCGCUAAUUUUUUUAAAAAAAUGAUGAAAAAUUGAUGAAGAUGUGGCCGUUUGUUGACUAGGCCAGGAAUAUUACUUACACCUGAGGAGUACAUAUAGCUCAAUGAGGAUAAAAUUUGGUGGAAACCUUGUUUUUUAAAGAAAUAGCGGCUUUUGAGCAAUAGUGGCUUUCUCACAAGCAUACAUCUUUUUUAAGGGUAGAAUAAGAAGACGGAGAAGUUUUAAUUAUAAUUUAAAUACAUUAUUGAACUAUUAAAAAUUGUUUAAUACAGUGGUACUUUAUUCGUUCCAGAGGUCUGUUCUUAACCUGAAACUGUUCUUAACCUGAAGCACCACUUUAGCUAAUGGGGCCUCCUGCUGCCGCCGCGCCGCUGGAGCACAAUUUCUGUUCUCAUCCUGAAGCAAAGUUCUUAACCUGAAGCACUAUUUCUGGGUUAGCGGAGUUUGUAACCUGAAGCGUAUGUAACCUGAAGCAUAUGUAACCCAAGGUACCACUGUACAUUUUAAAAUGAAUAAUGUAUUUAUUGUAAAAUGUAUUUAAAAUUACAAUACAUUAUAAAAAAAGUUAUGUUAUAUACUUACUUAUUUAUAAGACUUCAGUUAUCCCCCAGGGUAAAAAAAAGGGGGCCACAUUAUCUACCUGGCCCGGGCCUCUGCCUCACUCUGCAAGGCCCUGGUCAGAGGGAGAAACGGGAGAAGACUGGGAGGAGGAGAUGUUGGAGCCUGAAGAGGUAACAGGGUUUAGUGUGCUGGGAGAGUCUGUGGCAGACAGAAGUUCAGAAUCAGAGGCAGGAGCUGAAGCAGAAGAGGAGGGAGGCCAAGAGGCAGAGAUAAGGCAGGCUGCUGAAAAGUAAUCAGUGUCUCUCUCUCUUGCUGCGACAAGCUCCCCGCCCCCCCUUGUCCCCCAGAGUCUGAAAAGACAUGAAAAGAGUGGAGGAGAGGUUGACUGUAUGCAGGCACAGUCUCCGGUUGCAUGUUGGGGACGCGGGUGGUGCUGUGGUCUAAACCACAGAGCCUAGGGCUUGCCGAUCAGAAGGUCGGCGGUUCAAAUCCCCACAACGGUGUGAGCUCCCAUUCCUUGGUCCCAGCUCCUGCCAACCUAGCAGUUCAAAAGCACGUCAAAGUGCAAGUAGAUAAAUAGGUACCGCUCUGGCGGGAAGGUAAACAGCGUUUCCUUGCACUGCUCUGGUUCACCAGAAGUGGCUUAUUCAUGCUGGUCACGUGACCCAGAAGCUGUACGCCGGCUCCCUCGGCCAAUAAAGCGAGAUGAGCACCACAACCCCAGAGUCGGCCACGACUGGACCUAACAGGGGUACCUUCACCUUUACUUUUACUCAUGUUGUUAAUUGAGGUUGCAUUUCCCACAAUUAUCUCUGCCUUUGUUAUCUACACCUUUGUCACUUCCCAUCAGCCUAAUCAAAUACUGCCUUGGCUGUUGCUGCCUAUAAUGCAAGAUAGGAUAGGAAUUUCCUACCAUUGCGGUGCAAAAUUAGGUCUUGCAGAAAUCCGGGUUCUGGCAUCCUGUAUUUUAGUGGGAGGUUUACUUAAUUUUAACGCAAAGGUAGAUGCACUUUCUUUGUCACCAGUGCUAAUUAUGGAAAUAGAAACACAAUCCGGGCUGUUUUUCAGGAGCAGGAACCUUUUUAAAAUAACUUUUAUAAACAUCAAGGCGAACCUUUGGUUAUAUACAAAUUUCAUAAACGUUAGCAACAGCAACUUGCCGGAAAGCUUGGGCAUUUAUACUCUGCAACAAUUAAGACAGGUAUCCCCAACCUUUGGCCCUCCAGAUGUUUUGGACUUCAGUUCCCAUCCUCCCUCACCACUGGUCCUUUUAGCUAGGGAUCAUGGGAGUUGUAGGCCAAACAUCUGGAGGGCCGCAGGCUGGGGAUGCCUGAGUUAAGAUGUCUAUCCCUCCUAAUCAGGGCUGGAUUUAGGUUUGAUGAGGCCCUAAGCUACUGACUGAAGGUAAUGGGGCCCUUUAUAUGUCCAGCUGUCCUUUGUCAACAACAAAUUGCCGCUGUUUUUUGUGUUGAAUAUAUGCUAUAUGGUCAUUUAUGGACCUAACUUAUGGAACUGAAGCCAUUUGCACAUAACAAAAUAUGUAUUUUAUCAAAGUAACUGUUGAACUGAAAUACAAUUAGGAAGAAAUAUAUUAAUAGUGAAAUAAUUAUUAAGCUGUAACUUAAAAUGUUUUUUUAUUUAUAACAAACUUAAUAAUGCAAACACUUUGACAUUUGGCAAUAACAAAAGUGCCUUUAGAAACACAAUUUACAAAGUCUCAGAAUUUUUUGGGGGGCCCCCAAGAGAGUGGGUACCUAAACUAUAGCUUGUUUAGCUUAUACGUAAAUCCGGCACUGCUCCUAAUCCAUUACAUUUGAUUGGGAGAUCAUCUUAUUGGCAUCAAGAAGGCAUCAGAAUGGCUAAGAAUUGUUUAAUUCACUGUUUAAUUCACUGUUUAAUUCAUUGUUUAAUACACUGUCGAUAGAAAAAGGACCUGAGAAUGACUGGCCAUCUGCCAAGGAUAUUACAGACCCUGGAUGCAGCAGUUGGACCAAAUGGUGAUCUCUGGAGUCGCUUCCGACUAUAAAUUCUGGCUCGAGGCCAGGAUGCUGCCAAUCAACUUGGCACUUAGUAAGGCUGCUAUAGAACUUUACUGCCAUCAAGUGGCAGCAGCCCAUUCAAAAACACCUCACCUAUCCCUUCUAGACAUGAUAGGGUAGUGGCACGGAGGGACUAGACACAGAUUUCACAAUGAGAUCCACAACAUUCUUUACUAGAGGUGAAACGUCUGUGAUAUAAACAAGCAUUUUGGCCUAGAUACACAAUGUGUCUUUCAGCAUUGAACCUGAAAGAUUCAGUAUUGUGGCUUUAAUUUUUUUUGCCAGUGUUAUCUGCAACGUGUGUGUCUCUGGAGCAGCAACUAAGAUACAUAGCAGCAUGUUCCUUCACCUCUACAGUGGUACCUCAGUUUACGAACUUAAUCCAUUCCGGAAUUCCGUUCUUAAACCAAAUCUGUUCUUAAGCCAAGGCGCGCUUUCCCAGUGUGGUGUGGUUAAGAGCAGUGGACUUGUAAUCUGGUGAACCGAGUUUGCGUCUCCACUCCUCCACAUGCAGCUGCUGGGAGACCUUGGGCUAGUCACACUUCUCUGAAGUCUCUCAGCCCCACUCACUUCACAGAGUGUUUGUUGUGAGGGAGGAAGGGAAAGGAGAAUGUUAGCCGCUUUGAGACUCCUUCGGGUAGUGAUAAAGCGGGAUAUCAAUUCCAAACUCCUCUUCCUCCUCUUCUUCUUCUAAUGAGGCCUCCUGCUGGUGGUUACCUUCCACCGUUUGGCUUCCAUUCGUAGACCGAGGUAAAGUUUGCAAACCGGAACACUACUUCCGAUUUUGCGGAGUUUGUAAACCGAAUAGCUCGUAAACACGGCUGUUCUUAAACCGAGGUACCACUGUACUUGUUUUGUAAAAAAUAGGGGGGGGGCAUUAAUGACAUGUGCCACUUUGAGCUCCUUAAUAAAAAUAUAUUAGUAGAAGAUUGGCGCUGCGGUCCAGACCGCUAGGCUCUUGGGCUUGCCGAUCGGAGGGUUGGCGGUUCGAAUCCCCUUGACAGAGUGAGCGCCCGUUGCUCGGUCCCUGCUCCUGCCAACCUAGCAGUUUGAAAGCAUGCCUAGAUACCGUAUUGGCCUGAAUAUAAGCCUCACUUUUUUUCCCAAAUUCCGACCAUGAAAAGUUAAAGUGUGGCUUAAAUUCACAACCUGACAAAAAUGGGCUUUUAUGGUAUCGCUGUAGGAUUUUCUUCUACAUUUGCCAUUUACAGGUGUGAGUGUCUGCGGAAUUUUAAGGGUGUGGCUUAUAUUUGGGUAUUGUCUUUCUUUCUCCCCCCACCCUUGAAUUUUAAAGGUGCAGCUAAUUUGCAGGUGCGGUUUAUAUUCUGGCCAAUACGGUAAAUAGGUACCGCUCCAGCGGGAAGGUAAACGGUGUUUCCAUGCGCUGCUCUGGUUCACCAGAAGCGGUUUGGUCCUGCUGGUCACAUGACCCGGAAAGCUGUCUGUGGACAAACGCCGGCUCUCUCGGCCUAUAGAGCGAGAUGAGCGCGCAACCCCAUAGUUGCCUUUGACAGCCUUUAGAAGGUAUCUGAAGGCAGCCCAGUAUGGGAAGGGUUUUUAAAAAUGUUUAAUGUUUUAUUAUGUUUUUAUAUAUGUUGGAGGGACGCGGGUGGCACUGUGGGUUAAACCACAGAGCCUAGGACUUGCUGAUCAGAAGGUUGGCGGUUCGAAUCCCCGCGACGGGGUGAGCUCCCGUUGCUUGGUCCCUGCUCCUGCCAACCUAGCAGUUUGAAAGCAUGUCAAAAUGCAUGUAGAUAAAUAGGUACCGCUCUGGCGGGAAGCUAAACGGCGUUUCCGUGCGCUGCUCUGGUUCACCAGAAGCGGCUUAGUCAUGCUGGCCACAUGACCCGGAAGCUGUACGCUGGCUCCCUCGGCCAAUAAAGCGAGAUGAGCGCCGCAACCCCAGAGUCGGUCACGACUGGACCUAAUGGUCAGGGGUCCCUUUACCUUUUUAUAUAUGUUGGAAGCCACUCAGGGUGGCUGGGGCAGCCCAGUCAGAUGGGCGGGGUACAAAUAAUAAAAUUAUUAUGAUUAAAGAAUAGUGGGAUAAACAUGGAAUUAAUAAUGAUAGGUACCUUCCUUUGAAUAGGUCAGCCCCAAGAGCAGGCUUCCUCAGACUCGGCCCUCCAGAUGUUUUGAGGCUACAAUUCCCAUCAUCCCUGACCACUGGUCCUGCUAGCUAGGGAUCAUGGGAGUUGUAGGCCAAGUUGUAGGCUGAGUUUGAGGAAACCUGCCCAAGUGUCUGGUCUGGAGAAUAGCUGACCAUCUCUAACCUAGAAUAUAAGAAGCUGAUGCCUUUAAAUAGUACAUAGAAAUUCUUCCCCUACUUGCUAACAUUUUUUGCAAUUUUAGGAAGGAACUUAGAGAGAAAUAGAGAAAGGAAGUGUUGUCUAAAGAGAAGUGACUGAUGAAAAAAAUAAAGAAGAGGUAUUUCUUUUUUGCAAAAAUAGUCCACAUUCCUCCCUCUGGAAUCACAGAGACUUGCCAAACUGUUUUGAUCAAGUGAUUCCUUUUGUUUUUGUAUCCCAAUGUAAUCCGCAGAACCUCCAAUCUAUUCUCAAUGCCACACAACCAAUUGUGUUGUGUUGUUUGAAGUUUCCUGGGAGGUGCAGUUUGUUUAGGGUGCCGGGAAGUGAGGAAGUAACUAAAGUUCCCAGGAUUCUUUGGGAGAAGCCAUGCACCUUAAAUGUGCAUUGAAUAUGUUUUAGAUGUAUUGUGUAGAUCUGUCCUUAGUGUGAAAUCUGCAUACCUCACUCACAUGUUUAUGAGAAGUCUGUGUGUAUCUUGAUUGGGUGCUGCCCUUGAAAACCACUCAGAAACAUCAGUUGGUGCAAAAUUUGGCAGUCCAAAAUUCUGUCAUUGGCUACAGUUCAUUUCUAUGUGCGGAUCAAGGUGUUUGCUAUUAUUUUAAAGUCCUUGACAGCUUCCAUGCAAGCUGCGUAAGAGAUUGUCUCCUCCUAUGUGACUCUGCCUAUCCUUUAGGCCUCCUCCAUGCGUCAAGGACUUUUGUGGUAUGGUUGGUAGGAAUGUGUGAGAAACCUUUUCUAUGGCAGCACCCAUACGGGGAACUCCCUGUCGCAAGAACAUAGCACUUGAAUGUCUUUCUCUUCCAGCAAGCUUUUAACUUUGCUGCAGUUUGAAGUUAUUAAAUAUCAUUAUGGGCUGGCUUUCUAAGUCGCCACCCCACAUGCUGCUUAUAAGCUAUUAUUGUGAUGCUUAGUUUAUUGCUAUCGUGAUGCAGAUUAGUGUUACUGUUAUUCUGACUCCUGCUGGUAUUUUAAGCAACUUGGAGCGCCAUUAAGGAUCACUAAUGCAGAUCGUGUUUCAGAUUUUGGGGAAGAAAUCUCGGUCAGCUAGGGACGUACACAGCAGAGCUCAUUUUAAUAAUAAUAAUAAUAAUAAUAAUAAUAAUAAUUUUUAAUUAAAUUUUCCAUUUUAACAAUCCAAUCAAAUCACAUUAAAUAUUCCAAAUUAUACAAAUACAUAUCAUAUAGUCCAUAUAUUCUGCCAAAAAUUUUUUGGGACUUCCCAUGCUUCAAGUUUGGGGGGGGGCCUCUGAUAAUCUCAUAUCUCUGCUGCCUUGAGUUUCCAAUAGUUCCUUUAAAUCUUCCUGUUGUUAACCUUCCUUCUUUCAUGGCCUCUGAGUUGUUUCCACAGGCGAGUUAAAGUAAGCAAUGAUGUGUGAAUUUUGCGUACUUGACUCUCCUAUUGUUGCAGUGUCUCCUCACACGCUGGUGUUUAUGCCGAAUCAAUCCAAAAGUCAUUUCGCUGCUGGCAGACGCCAUCUUCUCUCAGUUCCGAUGAAAUCAAAUCUAGGCAUUUGCUCAUUAAUUUCCCUAGACCGGUUGCAUCAAACAUUAGCCUUUCCAGAGGAGAUUUGCCAAAUCGGACUUAAAGUGCAGAUAUAAUAACAAAUUAAGAGCUCACCUCCCUCUAUGACUAUUUAUCUCUGCAGCUUGGUCUUAGAGUCCAUCCAAAGUUUUUUGAAGUCUCUCCAGCGGCUAACGAGAUCCUGCUUCUUUCUAAUAUCAAUAUUUGGAGGGUCUUUUAUCUUCUUCCAAGCAAUUCAAAAAACAAAAGCUUUAAUUAUAUAGUAUUGUUGUUUCCACACAGUUUAUAUUUUCUAAUCUCACUUGCUGUAAAUAAUGUAAACGGUUCUUCUGGGGGGGCGGUUGUCAGGUAUUGUAAUAAAUCAUAGUAAAAAAGGCUUUACCCCCCCCUCCUUUUCCAUUCCGUUCCAACAUACCAACUUAAAUGUUACUCUUAGAUGUUAUCUUUCUUCCUCUCUGUCACUCUUGGCACCUCAGUGGCUGGCUUAAUUGGCAGAUUAAUUCCCCCCUCCUCACUCGAAGCAUGUCCAAAACUUAAAUCCAAUUUUUCAUCUUAAGAAAUGGAACUUGGUGUGCUCGCGGGGACAGCGUCCAGGAGAUCCGAACUCCCUCGGGGGCUUUCCAUCCAGUGCCCCCACCCACUCCUUCUUUAUGAACUUGGGGGUGGUUUCACAGCAGAGCUCAUUGACUAGUUCUUGGAUAUGUUCCAGGUUAAAUUCCAUAAAAGCUAUGCAGUUUGUGGACAUCUAGCUCAUUAGUGUGUGUUUUUUAUUUAUUAAAAAAAUUACCAUAAUAAUUAUAGAAAGAUUAUCAACACACAUCAACCACCCUUUCUUGAAAAGCAAGGGGAUUUGUGCUGACAUGCACACCGCAGGCAUCAUUAAACAGCAAAAGGAGAGCGCCACUCAAAAUAGUAAAAAGGUAAUAGGUACCCUGCAAAGGGCCCUAACAUCAUUAGGCUGUAUGCUCCCCCACCCUUUCUCUCCAUCAUUGUCACUGGUGGGAAAAUACAUGGCACCGUGAUGUAUUAAAAGACACAGAGAUAACUACAUUCCAACCCAUGCACUGGGUCAGGAGGUGUGAAUCAGGUCAGGUCGCGUUAGAAUUCACGAAGAUCAAAUUCUGUAAGCAUCCCUAGAGGCACAUGUGAUGGAAGAGGAAGAUAAACGAAACCCUUCUUUGCACCCUUCCUCCCAUUGACUGCCUCCUAGAGGACACCAGGUUGGGAAAGUCUGUUGUAAUAGGUAAGGUGUCAAACUAGGAGUUGAUAGAACUCGGACAAAUCCCCACUCUAGCUGCUCAAUGAGUGGUCUUUUGACAGUCAGUGCUGGAUGCUGCCAGUGGCUCCCAGCUGGUUGCUCAGGAAAGUAUAAAGACAAGGAAAAGUUUUUUACCAUCCUUUUUUUAUUUCAGUCUUUACAGAGAGAGUCUAUAGAACCCACCCUCAAAUUCUGCAUCAAAUCUGUAGAGACACCUGUGAUGGAAGGGAAGAUAAACGAAACCCUUCUUUGCACGCUUCCUCCCAUUGACUGCCUCCUGAGGUGGACCAAUUAUGCCCAAGAAAUGUCAAGUAGGAUGCAAUCACAUCCUUAUUUGGAUGCUCUCGUUUGGACAGGAGGGCUUUCUGGAGUCUUAAAAAAGAAACCAUUCAGCUCACUCGUCUAUUUCCAGGGCUCAACACAGUGGACAGCUUUUCUCCACCAAACUCCACUCAUACACACAUGUAGCCAGGCCUGGUCCAACCAGGAGGUGGGGUGAAGCAGCCGCCUGAAGCAGAAGAAGCCCCCAGACAGUGCCUACAGGGGUGCCUCGCCUGUCCUGCCACCAGCAUUGGUUCCAAAUUCUGUUGAAAUCUUGCUAGAUCUUGUCCAAAUCUCAUGAUGUCAAGCUGCUGUCAGCAGCUCCUGGCUGGUUGCCCAGGAAAGUAAUGAAGACAAGGGAAAGUAUCUUACCGUCCUUUUUUAUUUCAAUCUUCACAGAGAGAGACUAUAGAACCCAGCCUCUUGGAUAAUGGUGUUGUCCCGAGUGAAUCUACACACACACACAUACCCCACCUCUCCCACAUUCCUCGUUCAUCACUUCUACGGGUGUUGCUACAUGCCCCCUGUCUUUGAGCUCUUUGCUCUCCUACUUUUAAGGACCUCCAGGUUCUGGGAGAUGAGGGGUCUGGAAUGCUUUCUAAAGACACCAUGUCAGCCGACUGCUGUUCCAGUCCUGCCUCCCCCCUCCCAUGAUUUCCCAACUUUGCCCCUCAUCUGCCUCUGAGCUGCUAUCUCCCUCAAACCCCUGUUGUAAAUCUAUACAGUGGUACCUCGGAUUAAGAACUUAAUUCGUUCUGGAGGUCUGUUCUUAACCUGAAACUGUUCUUAACCUGAGGUACCAUUUUAUAAUAAUAAUAAUAAUUUAUUAUUUAUACCCCGCCCAUCUGGCUGGGUUUCCCCAGCCACUCUGGGCGGUUUCCAACAAAACACUAAAAUACAAUAACCUAUUAAACAUUAAAAGCUUCCCUAAACAGGGCUGCCUUCAGAUGUCUUCUAAAAGUUUGGUAGUUAUUUUUCUCUUUGACAUCUGGUGGGAGGGCGUUCCACAGGGCGGGUGCCACUACCGAGAAGGCCCUCUGCCUGGUUCCCUGUAAGCUGGCUUCUUGCAGCGAGGGAACCGCCAGAAGGUCCUCGGCACUGGACCUCAGUGUCCGUGCAGAACGAUGGAGGUACCUUCAGGUAUACUGGACCAAGACCGUUUAGGGCUUUAAAGGUCAGCACCAACACUUUGAAUUGUGCUCGGAAACGUACUGGGAGCCAGUGUAAGUCUUUCAAGACCGGAGUUUAGCUAAUGGAGCCUCCCGCUGCUGCCACACCGCCACCACGUGAUUUCUGUUCUCAUCCUGAAGCAAAGUUCUUGGUACUAUUUCUGGGUUAGUGGAGUUUGUAACCUGAAGCGUCUGUAACCUGAGGUACCACUGUACUGUCUUCCUCUUCCUUCUCCCUGAAAGGGUCAGGAUAGUGAGGCAGUCUCCACCUUUUCUCCGCUGCCCACAUCAAGCACAACAGUUCUUGUGGGAAUUAAAGGAACUCCAUCAGCUUCUAGUCGAUUUCAGAGCACACUUCAAAGUCAAUUUGUACACUGUGCCAAUGCAGAUUUGGGGAUUGUUUUUAAAGGUUGUCUUGUUUUAUUCUUGUUUUGGUUCUUCCUUUGCUAAAUGCCUUCCUGCAGUUCUGGAAAGGCAGAAAGAAAGUGGCUAACAUUUCCCACAUGCAUGCCACUUUAUCUCCGUGAAUCAUUAAUUAUCAACCCCUUUCCUCUGGGGAGCAUGUAAAUUGAAGGGUGUGUGUGAGAGAGACCUCUCCCCACCCCACUCUUCAAAGAGCUUUUGCUGCACAUUACCAAAUGAGCAAUUCACUGAUAAAUGUAUCUAUGUACUGGCUCAAUGGGAAAACUUUAGGAAUUCAUAUAAAAUCACUCCAGUGAUGGAUUUAUACCAUUCCAACAUUGUUCUACUCAGAAGGGAAAUAGCUACCAGGGGAGAAGCUUGGGAUACGGCUAGGGGCAGCCAUAAUCCCUGAAGCAUAAGACCACGUACUCAGCAGCCCCACUAACUGGGUGUGUUGUAAACAAAAAUCGCCCUUUUCCCUUAUCCAAGAGCCCAUAUAGAGUCCUUACAUAGGUUCCCUAUUGGUAGGAGAAAAUAACAGAGGCCAACCAGAGAAUAUUGAGAAGCAAAGCAGCUAGUAAGCUUGAUCUUUAUUGAUCUGUUGCAAUAGGGUGCUCCCCUCACCCGGAGGAGAGGAGGAAGAACCCAGAACAAUGUUGCACAAGGCCUUAUAAAGACUUUUGAAAUUGCCACCCUGUAGAUCAAGACCACCCCCAGAAACAUCAUACAUACAUCACAAAAGGGGUGUAACCUAAGACCACCCUUCCGAUACAUCACACCUACAUCACAGAAAAGGCCAUCUAAACAGAAAUUUGAAUGUUGUUUUUCCCCUGUCGUUGUUUAUCUCCUGUCUGGCAGGUUACUUGACUGGAUUUCCUGGGGAGCCUGGCUAGUCUUUUGUAAUGAUAAAUACUCACACCCUAUUCAAACACAGACAUACCCUUAAGACAGGAUUUGUGAAGGAAAAGACAAUGGGGAGGCUUUUCCACUUUGACCUUGCAGAGAAAACAUUUGCUCAGUUUAGGAAUCAAAAUGGCUUCAGGUCGGUCUUCCUGUGCUGAUCUAUGUACGUGCUUGGUUGGUAUGCUUAUGAACAUUACCAUAUAUCUAAGACCAUAAAAUUCCUAUCACAGGUGAAAAUUGGUGGCAUCCUGACACCUGAGUGCCAGACAGGUAGUCAUUCCAAGAAUAAUAGCAAACCCAGCCUCCAGUGGGUUUUGGGGUCUUGGUCAAGACAAAAGGGUGUGCUUAACUCGGCUGGGAAAACAGGAAAAUGUAAAUACUUACCUUUGUUUCACCUGAAGGGUGAGAGGCGGAGGUCAGAUGUGGGAAAGGGCAAGCCUGGUGCUCAGGUAUCUGUCAGAAGACCCCUCCUAAUUUAUGACAUAAAGGUAAAGGUAAAGGGACCCCUGACCAUUAGGUCCAGUCAUGACUGACUCUGGGGUUGCGGCGCUCAUCUCGCUUUAUUGGCCGAGGGAGCCGGCGUACAGCUUCCGGGUCAUGUGGCCAGCAUGACUAAGCUGCUUCUGGCGAACCAGAGCAGGGCACGGAAACGCCGUUUACUUUCCUGCCGGAGCGGUACCUAUUUAUCUACUUGCACUUUGAUGUGCUUUCAAACUGCUAGGUUGGCAGGAGCCGGGACUGAACAACGGGAGCUCACCCCAUCGCAGGGAUUUGAACCGCCGACCUUCUGAUUGGCAAUCCCUAGGCUCUGUGGUUUAACCCACAACGCCACCUAAGUCCCUUAAUUUAUGACAUAGUUAUGACCAAUAUAUGAUGUUUUACGAAGGGUGUUAUGUGUAGUUUGAGAAACUUAUAAAAAGAAGAGCCAUCCUUUGUUGGGGGCUUCUUUCUGCUUCUUCCAUGUGGUAGUUUGAAGUCUUGUUGCAAAAUAAAGAUCAGGCCUACUGGCUGCUCUUUCGCUCCUAUACUCUUGGCUGGUGUCUUCAUUUGACAAGGCAAGUGAGCUGGGGAAUUUUUAUUUAGCAAGUGACAGGGAUUGAGCAUAGUGUUCCUAGGCUAUCUUCCAUCAAGGAACUACCCAGUCCCGGGAGCCUAUGUGUCUUUAGUAGAUUGCUGCAUUGUGCACCUCCAGAGACACCCUGGCAACACACCCUCCCAUUUCUACUACAGUCCUAGAAUGAAGCGCAUAUUUCCUAAGCAACAGGGGUUACAAAAAUGGAGACAGAGAUGUUUCCUUCCUGCUGAGGGUUGCUAACAAAAGUUUUCUUCCUGCAGAUUGCUAGCUUCUGGAUAUUUCAUAUUUUGGGAACUCUUUCCAUACUAAGCAGAAAACGCUUAAUGGAUGGAAUGUGUCCAUGUUGUUGUGAAGGCAGAACUGUGAAACCAAACAAGCUUCAAUUUCAAGAUAGAGGAGAAAACUAGGGGUUUGUGGGAUACUCCCUAAGCUAUCAAUGGGGACUUUCUGUCUCCCUCUAGAUCUGACGUGAGGAUUAAGCAGUCUCUUGGAGGGUUGCAUCCUCCUCUGUGCUCAGACUGUAUCUAUGCUCAACCUGUAAACAACUCAAAUAUUACAAAACAGUAUACACCUUCGGUGACCUCCUCCCAAGGGAAACUAAACUUGGGUAAGCUGUGUAGCUCUGGAACUUCUCGCUGCUCAGAGAAGAGGGGUGAACGUAAAAAUAUCUCUCUAUGUCAAUGUGAUGUUAUGGGCUGGGUGUGAACAAGGAAAUCCUGGGUUCGAAUCACCACACUACCAUGAAGUUCACCUGGUUGUUAUGAAAAUAAAAUGGGGUAACAGCGCCUCACCCACACGGCUGAGAGAGUUCCUUGAAGGAGAGGCAGGGGACAAAAGUAGUAAAUGAGAUGUAGGGAAAUUGAGUUACCAGAAGAAAACACCCAAGUCUAGAAUUUGUUCUCACGUGUCACAGGUUGUUACAUUAGAUAGUUACUAAUCUAUCCCUUUUCUUGCUCAGAUGACUUAGCUUUAUAUUAAAGUCAUUUUUAAUGUUGUAUUUUAAUUUUGUUUUUAAGUUGUAAUCAUUCAGCUUGUUUUUAUUAUUGCUUGUUAGCCGCCCUGAACCCGGCCUUGGCUGGGGAGGGCGGGGUAUAAAUAAAAAUUAUUAUUAUUAUUAUUUAAAUUAAAAAAUAAAAAAGCAAAUGGAAUAAAGCUGAUAAAGACACUUUUCCUGCUAAAUCUCUGCAACAUCCAGUUAAGCAUACUGCAGCUGAUUAAAUACUUCUCUGCUCAUAUUCCUCUUCCUGUCCUCUCCUAUUUGCUCUGGGCUCUUUAUGUAGGCAAAUACACACAUCCAGAUAGCUUCAAAAAAGGACUCCCAGGGUUGGCUCAGUAACCUUUGCUGCCUGAAAUGGAGGGCAAGAUGACGCCCUCAUUCCAUGGAUAGAAGAUUAUUGGAUCUGCAGGUGAAUCUUAUUUCCAACACUGAAAAUGGGGCAGUAACUUCUGCCGCACCUGAGGGCAGAAGCUAUCGUAGAGGGGAGGCCACGUGGCUCAAAGUUCCCACCUAAAAGGGGCUAAAAUGAAUGGGAAGGUGGCCCUGUGGAAUGGGAAGCACCUCCCAUAGGAGGCUCCCAGUCUGGAGAGCCUAACACAUAAUUAGGAGAUCAGAUACAUAGAGCUGUAAUAGGAACGACAUAAGACUAUCUGUGGAGGAGUGAGCAGCUGGAGACAACUGGACUGUAUUCACAUUGCUUGCUUAUUUUAUCCAGCAUCCCUGAAAGAAGAAAAAGGAAGGAGCAAUGGUGACAGAAAAUCUCCUCAGAGAGCGAUAGCUUAUAAAACGCAGAGCUGGUGGCACAUUUCUACCUUGGGAAAUUUGGAAGCUGUGGCUAGUGUGGCUUGACUGAUCUCCUAUAUAGCUACAUGAGAUUUUCCAUGGUGCUUUUCCGAAGGACAGAGUCUAAUCCUUCAUGCUGACAUCUCCCUGGAGUUUUGAUUUACUCUUUGGCUCACCCACAGCUUGCAUUUCCACACACGGCUGGGUGUUGCACCACAGACAUCCCAAUGAAGGACCUUCCAUUCACAAUCUACCCUGCCUGUCACACCAGUCGGUGCAAGAGCUCCAUAUUUCAGAAACGUUCUCGGAGCGUGGAUGGUUUAUUCCAAACUGGGUCUGGAACCCACCUUGGCUAUGAGAACUAUGAUCUUUGGGGCCUGCAGGGGUAAGUAACCUGAGCUCUGUCUGAUUUGUUAAUUGCUAUGAGGAAUGCUGUUUUACAUGAACUUUGGGCUUGCAAAUUCAGAGUGGAUCCUAUGUGGAGAGGGGCUCCUGAUGAUCUGCUUUCCUUUAAUCCCAAUUUAUAAAGUUCUGGCAUAAAAAAGGGUGUAUGUACCUCCACCAAGAAACAGUUGGGCAGGGGUUGUUGUUUUUUAACCCGAUAAUUGCCCCAGUGUGAUGGAAGAAUCUGCAACUACAUGCCAGAUUUCUGCUUAUUUUCUAAACAGGACAGGGUCCCCCGUUGGGGUUAGAAUUUUAGAAGUAGAAUACUCUGUACCCAUAUUCUCUCAUUAUAAUCCAAACAUCUCUUAGUGCUUUCCCCUGCUUCUUGCCCUGGAGCUUUCCUCGCAAAACCCCACUCUUUACAGCUGAAUCGGAGCAAAUGGCGAUCCACAGAAAACUCAAAUUGCUGUUUGUAGUGCUUCAACUUUUAAGAGCAGGUUUUCAUGCGGAAGGCUCCGGGGCAAAAAAAAAAAAAAAGGAAUGUCAUUUGGACACGGAGCUUUAAAGUGCUUACCCAUGCCUGGAAAGUGUGGGGUAAAAGGUAAGAGUGGAUAAGACCUUAUUUGAGCUAUUCUUUGGUAGUGCGAAUUUAACAGAAGACAUAGUUUGCAAGAGUGGAGCUAAGAAAGAGUAGAUGUAUCUUCAUGAAAGUAAGAAGUAGGAGACAAGACUUAUUGGAGUAGGAGAACAACUCUCAACAGGUGAAAGAGAGGGGAAUAGCAAGGUCUGGUUCCAUCAGGUCUGUUUCAGACUCAGUACUUUAAAGAUCAAUCCCCAAGGAGCAAAGGUGGUAACUUGACAUUGUUUUAGGUGCACUGUGAGCACUUUUAAUUGGAAAAAGUGACAGAGAGCUCAGUUUUCAGGGUGACUCUGAGUUCAUGCUGAAUCCCCAUUUAUUUAUCCAGUGGUUGUAUGGAAAUUUUACACAAACCACUCUGCUGUAUGCCUUCCGACAUAGGAAGUCUCUGGAUUAGAGAAUUAAAACUUACCUAAUGCGGUUUGGUGUGUGUGCACACACAAGCACAUACAAACUUUUAAAGGCACCGAGUCUGGGAAAGGGUGAGGGAAGAGAAGAGAAGAGAAGGGAGCAACCCAGAGUGGCUCAGUUGGUCGUGGCUCAAUCCUCCUUCCUAGGGGACUCUGGGAACUGUAGCUUUCUCAGGGCGAAUGGAGGUCUUCUAACAACCCCCAGCAUUGCUAACAAAUGACAGCUCUUGGGAUUCUUUGGGGGAAAGCCAUGCAGUGCCGGAUUUACGUAUAAGCUAAACAAGCUAUAGCAUUGGGCCCCACUCUCUUGGGCCUCCCCCCCCAAAUAUACUUCUUCUUAAUUGUAUUUCACCAUUAAUAUACUUCUUCUUCACGAAAUUAAAAGACGCCUGCUUCUUGGGAGAAAAGCAAUGACAAAUCUAGACAGCAUCUUAAAAAGCAGAGACAUCACCUUGCCAACAAAGGUCCGUAUAGUUCAAGCUAUGGUUUUCCCAGUAGUGAUGUAUGGAAGUGAGAGCUGGACCAUAAAGAAGGCUGAUCUCCGAAGAACUGAUGAUUUUGAAUUAUGGUGCUGGAGGAGACUCUUGAGAGUCCCAUGGGCUGCAAGAAGAUCAAACCUAUCCAUUCUGAAGGAAAUCAUCCCUGAGUGCUCACUGGAAGGACAGAUCCUGAAGCUGAGGCUCCAAUACUUUGGCCACCUCCUGAGAAGAGAAGACUCCCUGGAAAAGACUCUGAUGUUGGGAAAGAUGGAGGGCACAAGGAGAAGGGGACGACAGAGGACGAGGUGGUUGGACAGUGUUCUCGAAGCUACCAGCAUGAGUUUGAUCAAACUGCGGGAGGCAGUGGAAGACAGGAGUGCCUGGCGUGCUCUGGUACAUGGGGACACGAAGAGUCGGACACGACUAAACGACUAAACAACAACAAAUAAUGGACACUAUAGCCUCACUUCUCCUCUGAAACAAGAAUCUUCUUUUCGAAAAGUUCAAGCAUGUAGAUACACAUGCUUAACAUUUCUUCCCAACUCUUUCAACUUUAAGCAAGCAUCUUGGAACUGCAUGAAGCAAGCCAAAAGACAGGUUAGGGGCCCAGCUCUCUGUCUCAUCCUCCGGCUUGCUACUUUUCCUGCUGUACAACCUUGAGCUGCUGCUGCAAUUUACAGUCAUAUUUUUUUUCACCCACCCACUAAAUGGAAAAUUGGCACAACUUGUGCUGCUUUACCAGUUACACCCAGACACUAGGCGAAUGCCACCGUUUUCAUUGCCAGGCUGCAAUGGUGCCCUUUGGAUGUUUCCACGCACAAAUGCUCUCUUCCAAAUUAAAACCCUCUUCUUUUCCCCCCAGUAAGUUCAGCUUCUGUUCCCAGAAAACAAAUCCUCCAGGCCAUUCCUGUCAUUUAAUGGUCCUUCCUGUGAGGUGGUCAACUUUUAACCUCAUCUGGGGAUCAGUGCCUUUAAGAGGUAAGUGACAGGAGUUCAGCAGGCGAAGGCUCUCUCUCUCCAGCCUGAGCAUGCAGUGAUAAGGAAAGACUUUAAUCGGCUGUCUGUCCUCCUGUCACGAAGCUGUUAAAGGCACUGAAAAUGAUUUCAAGCAGAAGGCUGGCAGGCGGUGCAAGUUGCAAAGAUUGCUCUUGAGCAAGACAUCGUAGGAUUGUGGCACAUGUUUCGUUGUCUCCAAGUAUGUAAGCAAACGGGAGUUGCCAAGUCCUGAAAUCAAACAUUCUGGUUCCUGGGUGGGCUUUGCACACAAAAUGUGUCAUUCAGGGUGGGAUGCAGGGAGCAGCUCUGGUGAAUCUCAGGAGCUGUUGUUGUUUUUUUUAUGUCUAGAAUUACCCAUUUUCAGGUCUUCUGGGAGAGUGGCGAAGCAGAGUCCAGCACAAGAGGAGCAUUGCGCCCUCAUGUGCCAAAUCCUCUUUAUCCAUCCGCACUGUGCAUUUAAAGCAGUAUCAUGCCACUUUAAACAGUCAUGGCUUCACGGCCGGAUUUGGGUUUGAUGAGGCCCUAAGCUACUGAAGGUAAUGGGGCCCUUUAUAUGUCCAGCUGUCCUUUGUCAACAACAAAUUGUCGCUGUUUUUUGUGUUGAAUAUAUGCUAUAUGGUAAUUUAUGGACCUAAUAGGUAUCUAAAGCCAUUUGUGUGUAACAAAAUAUGUAUUUUACCAAAGUAAUUUUUGAACUGACAUACAGUUAAGAAGAAGUAUUAAGAAGACUGCUGUCACCAUCUGCAGUGAUCAUGGAACCCAAGAAAGGACUCUGAAAUCUGAGGGAGGAAAGCUUAGAGAACCUAAGGAACCGUUGUCAUCUCCUGAUUUCAUUGACUGAUGGAGAGACACUGGGAAAUGCAGCUUGCUGCUCAAACCUUUCCACUACCUCUGACGUUAUUCAGUGGUGGGAAUGUUGCAUUGUGUUAAGCUGGCUGUUCUGAACACCCCUACAGUCAAAUUUGGAUCCUGGGUCAGGGGAAAUUGCUCCGCUUUGACUUUUGGGUGGUGGAGGAAAAUACCUUUAAAAGUUACAGUCACUUUGCAUAGGUAAAGGUAAAGGGACCCCUGACUAUUAGGUGCAGCCACGGACGACUCUGGGGUUGUGGCGCUCAUUUUGCUUUACUGGCCAAGAGAGCUGGCGUACAGCUUCUGGGUCAUGUGGCCAGCAUGACUAAGCCGCUUCUGGAGAACCAGAGCAGCACACGGAAACACCAUUUACCUUCCCGCUGGAGCGGUACCUAUUUAUCUACUUGCACUUUGAUGUGCUUUCGAACUGCUAGGUUGGCAGGAGCAGGGACUGAGCAACGGGAGCUCACCCUGUCGCAGGGAUUCGAACUGCCAACCUUCUGAUCGGCAAGUCCUAGGCUCUGUGGUUUAACCCACAGCGCCACCCACAUCCCUUAGUAACUUUGCAUACCAGAGACUAAUUUCUAGGCUGCUGAAAUAAAAGAUAAAACUCAUGUUCGUUUUUGUCACAGCCAAAACCAUCCAGCAUAGAUUUAAUAUACUGUUAUGAGUUCUUGGGUGCUACGUUUUUCGGGCAAGUAGAUGUUAGAAUUUAAUUAAGGCUUGGGAUGUCAAAAGCUAAUUAAGAUAGGCUAGUUGACCCAUGUGUGUAUUUGAGCUGUGUACUAGAUGCUCCUAAUCCUCUGGAACCAACAAGUGUCAAAAGCUAAUUAAGCCAGGACUAAGCCAGUGAGGCGAUAGACUGGAGAUAAGGAGCUAUUAGGACAAGUAAGGAUCAAUGACAAAUCUCAUUUGCAAAUGAGUGGCCUUCCCUCCCUCUUUCAACUGAGAGUUAGUUUUAAAAAGCAAGGCUGGUGUUUUAGAUGAGAGUUUAUGAUUGUAGUUGGGAGUUAUGCAAUGGAGAUAGCAAAGCAAUGGGCUGGAGAGCAAUGUUUGAGAGCAAUGGCUGAGUUCUCCAAGGCUGCCGUAGCACUGGGUGAAGCAAGGGUAUUUUGGAGUGUGGUGCUGGGAAGCCUUCCAUCAUAGGCUCAGGUUGGAUAUAUGGUAAAGGUAAAGGUAAAGGACCCCUGGAUGGUUAAGUCCAGUCAAAGGCAACUAUGGGGUUGCGGAGCUCAUCUCUCUUUCAGGCUAAGGGAGCCGGCGUUUGUUUGUCCACAGACAGCUUUCCGGGUCAUGUGGCCAGCAGGACUAAAACGCUUCUGGCACAACGGAACACUGUGACGGAAACCAGUGCGUAUGGAGACACUUUUUACCUUCCCACUUCAGUGCUACCUAUUUAUCGACUUGCACUGGUGUGCUUUCAAACUGCUUGGUUAGCAGGGGCAGAGCAACGGGAGCUCAUCCCGUCACAGGGAUUCAAACCACCGACCUUCUGAUUGGCAAACCUAAGAGGCUCAGUGGUUUAGACCACAGCGCCACCAUCAUCUCUGCAUGUGUACAUAGGCCAUAAAGACAACAUAGUCUCCGCUGUGCCUCAUUUUCCAAAAGGAAACAUAGACCCUGGGGAAAUGCCUGGAAUCCCAGAAAUAUUGCACCGCUCAGAGAUUGGGGUGGCAUGUAAGAGUACCUUCUAUUUGCUUUCCAGUUCUCUCCCAGUUCUUAGAGAGAUGGAAGUCCACAGACAAGAGGCUGAAUUGCUGGAUAUGAUUCUGCACUCUAGUGCCAAGUGCUGUCAUUUGGACAUGCCAGAAUAUUUCAAUUAUUCUCUGGGCCUUGCACAGUACUCUCUCUGUCUCCGCCUGCCAGCGCAAAAGCAAAAAAAGGAAUCACAGGGGGCGGGGAGCAAUAUCUAUGGUAAUAAGACUUCUGUAGCCCAAGGGAGCAGCAUAACCCUGUUGCUACAUGUAAGCAGGACAUGUCUGCAGUUUUGCUUACAGGAAUUAACAAGCAAGAAGCAAUGCAGUUCAUAGCAGGACAGCGCUAGCCGUAGUUUAGCUGGUGAGUAAAUCCAACCAAAAAGACAUCUGAUAGGUUGAGGACUGUGUUGGUACAUGCAAUAAACGAAAACCAGAAAACUUAUUCUCUUGUGCAGUAUGUCACCUCGAGCCGACCUGCAGCUCUGGUUUAGCUUCUCUGCCAACGCUGCCUUCCACAUUCUGUCAUUCUGACCAGCGCUGGAUUUAUGUAUAAGCUAAACAAGCUAUAGCUUAGGGCCCUGCUCUCUUGGGGCCCCAAAAAAAAUUCAAAGAAAAAAACACCUGGAUGUGCAUUUCCAAAAUAUAAGAUAUAAAAUAAACCUACAUACAGCAACAGUGUUUUGUGUUGUGUAGGCUCCUAUGAUAUGUAAGUAAUGGGCCCCACCUACUAGUCUGCUCCCUAAAAUAUCACUGGUUUGCUCAUUUCUAUAUACAGUGGUACCUUGGGUUACCUACGCUUCAGGUUACAGACUCUGCUAACCCAGAAAUAGUACCUCGGGUUAAGAACUUUGCUUCAGGAUGAGAACAGAAACCGUGCAGCGGCAGAGGGAGGCCACAUUAGCCAAAGUGGUGCUUCAGGUUAAGAACGGUUUCAGGUUAAGAAUGGACCUUCGGAACGAAUUAAGUACUUAACCUGAGGUACCACUGUAUAGGGUGCCUACAUUCUGCAUGGACUGGUUAUUUUGUUAUGUGCAAAUGGCUUUAGAUACCUAUUACAGUGGUACCUCAGGAGCCCCGUUCACAUCCUGAAGCGAAUGCAACUGCGGGUCGCAUUUUGCCACUUCCACACAUGUGCAUGACGUUAUUUUGACCGUCUGCGCAUGCGCACGCGGCAAAACCCGGAAGUAACGAACUCCGUUACUUCUGAGUUGCCAUGGAGCGCAACCCGAAAAUACUUAACUUGAAGCACAUUUAUCCCGAGGUAUGACUGUAGGUCCAUAAAUUACCAUAUAGCAUAUAUUCAACACAAAAAACUGACAAUUUGUUGUUGACAAAGGACAGCUGGACAUAUAAAGGGCCCCAUUACCUUCAGUAGCUUAGGGCCUCAUCAAACCUAAAUCCAGCCCUGAUUCCGACUUUGCACAGAUAAGCUCUUCUCGGAUUUUUGGAAGUGGGGAGUCGCCAUACAAGCAGCUGCAAAUAACUCCAUCUCCUCCAAGUGUCCUGAUUUCCCAGGGACAGUCCCGGAAUUACAGAAGCUAUCCCAGUUUCUGAUAUGAUCCCCUAAUGUCCCACGCAUAUUGUGGAGAAAGUGACUUGGAAGAAGUUUUUCUCCCUCUCUCAGUACAGUGGUACCUCGGGUUACAUACGGUUCAGGUUACAUACACUUCAGGUUACAGACGCCGCUAACCCAGAAAUAUUGCUUCAGGUUAAGCACUUUGCUUCAGGAUGAGAACAGAAAUUGUGCUCCGGCAGCGUGGCAGCAGCAGGAGGCCCCAUUAGCUAAAGUGGUGCUUCAGGUUAAGAACAGUUUCAGGUUAAGUACGGACCUCUGGAACGAAUUAAGUACUUAACCCGAGGUACCACUGUACUAGAACUCAGUGGCAUCCAGCAAAGAUGCAUGCUGAAAGAUUCUGGACAGACAAAACAAAGAAUUCCUUCACACAAUGCACAGGUAAAUUAUGGAAUUCAAAACACCCCCCAUAAAAGGUAGCGUUGGCAAUUGUUUAAGAAUAAUUAAAAAUCUCAUUUGCAGUUAGUUUGGAAAUUAAGGGCUUUAUUUAUUUCCGGAUGCUGACUCUUUCCCGCCUGGGGAAACUGAAGGUGUCACAAUUAAGUAGGAACUUUUGGUGCAGAUAAACAAUGUCUGCCAUAGGAAUAAGAAAAUUAAUUUUGUUUGAUGCAGGACAAAGAUAACUCAGAGCUAUAACCAGCCAGCUUCUUAUACUGGCAUUCAGGCUGCAUUCACAUGACAGUUUAUUCAAUUUUCAUGACACUUCCCUGUUAGGCUCUGCGUUAUAUUUGGGCUUCCAGACUACAUAAGAGCCACUUCUGGAAUGAUAGUGGAAUACAGUGGUACCUCGGGUUACAUACGCUUCAGGUUCAGGUUACAGACUCCGCUAACCCAGAAAUAGUACCUCAGGUUAGGAACUUUGCUUCAGGAUGAGAACAGAAAUCGGGCUCCGGCGGCGCAGCGGCAACAGGAGGCCCCAUUAGCUAAAGUGGUGCUUCAGGUUAAGAACAGUUUCAGGUUAAGAACAGACCUCCAGAACCAAUUAAGUACUUAACCCAAGGUACCACUGUAUAGCCACCAGUUUAGCGCUCAUUUCCAUGUUUUUGGCUUCCGUAAAAACAACCCCGUUUGCAAAUAAUAUCAUAAUGAGUGCUAAACUUGUGCUAUAUUCCACUAUAGUUUCACUAUUUUGAUCACCUCCACCUGCCUAAUGGUAGGGCCAGUGCCCCUCCCCUAACUAUCAGUCAGCAUUCCAUGACUACUGAGCAUGCACAGUCCUCAUAGGGCUGAUUUUGGCACACACCUCUUGGGUGUCUCCCUCCAUUAGAGAAUGAGGUUUGCACUUUGAUGUGCUUUCGAACUGCUAGGUUGGCAGGAGCAGGGACCAAGCAACGGGAGCUCACCCCAUUGCGGGGUGCCGACCUUCUGAUCGGCAAGUCCUAGGCUGUGUGGUUUAACCCACAGCGCCACCCACAUCCCUCUGGAAAUGUACAUCCAGUUUAUUUUUCCCUUUAUUUUUUUUUUAGGCCCCCAAGAGAGUGGGGGCCUAAGCUAUAGCUUCUUUAACUUAUAUGUAAAUCUGGCAAUGAUCUCAGCCGAUAGCACUGCUGAUCUGGGCUGCCUUCCCUCAUCCUGACAGAGAGCAGGGCAGCCAAUUGCCCUCACAAGGCACAGUGGCACUACCAUGCCCUGGCACUGAGGCAGAGCAGCUUUUCUCAGUCAGCAGGAAAGCAGCAGCAGCCACAGUGGAUAUGCAUCUUUGCUGGCUGCCCCACUGAUGAAGGCUUGAAGCAUCCCCCAUCCCCUCGCACUCAAACCAUGAGGUCGAGGUGACUCUGCUUCCUCUCCUCCCCCCACCCAUUCCAUCUCCACAGCCGCUCCUUCCCUCAUCUCCACGCCUGAUCUCCUGUUUCAGACAUCGUGAUAUAUCGGAAUCUGUUUAGCUGCUGAUAUAUCACGAUGUUGCAAACCAGAUAUUGCUCAGCCCUACUCUGUUGUUUAGUUAACAGUGUUUCCCAACCUUGGGCCUCCAGCUGUUUUCGAACUACAAUUCCCAUCAUCCCUGACUACUGGUCUUGCUAGCUGAGGAUUAUGGGAGUUGUAGUCCAAAAACAGCUGGAGGCCCAAGGUUGGGAAAUGCUUGUUUAGUAUACCUACGAUCCUUUGCUUAUUAGGGGAUACCCGACAUUUUCUUCCAAAAAGUGCUUUGCAGAGGUAACUACCGUAGAGUUAUCAAAAGUAAGGGGUCCGUGGCUUGGCUUUUUAAAAAAUAGGGGGGCCCUCAGUAAUUAGCUAAUUGGGAACCACUGCUUUAUAGGAGCAUAGGAAAUAGCCUUAUACCAAGUCCAGCUCAGCAGCAGCAGCUGUCUGGGGUUUCAGGAUUAUCUCCUGGCCCGACCUGGAGAUGCUGGGAAUCAGAUCUGCAAUCUUUCCCAUGCAAAUUUCAUUGUCUGCCAUGAGCUAUGGUCCUUCCUUCAAAGUUCUAAGCCAUUUUCAAACAGCUGAGGUUACUUACACCUUCCCAGGCCCAAUUCCAGAAGUCUGGUGAGCCUGAGCAGGGGAAGAGAAUGGCUUAAGGUAGCCAAGUGUGGCAAGAGGGAGAGAGAAUUGUUCUCCCCUUCCCCGCAUGCUCAUUCUGAGAUAUUUAGUGGUAUGUAUUUAUUGGUGGUUCUGGAGGGAUGUGGACUUUCUAACACAACAGAGGCCUUAUCAUUCCCCCGCUUUUUCUUUUGCAGAUCAGAGAUUAACCUACUUCAGCAGCAACUUCAAAAUUAUGGGCGUCCAGUACAAUCCUGCUUUGUCUCGACAGUCCUCAGAUCGAUUUAGAGAGGCAGGAAAUUGGAUUGAGAAACUGGUAUGUGCAAUUUAUUUGUUCAUCGCAGUUGUUUAUUUUCACUGUUGGAGAUGCAAAUCUUUCCAAGGCGGCUUACGAGUAACAUGAAACGACAUCUAAAAGAAUACGCAAUAAGCAAUAUCAAGAAAUUGGGAAGCCCUUGGGAUCCUUCCCGCUGGGCAGUUGCUGGGAGAUGUCCCUGUGGAGGGUGGGAACAGGCUCUGAGGACAUUUUUCCUUCCUGCUUGCCACCUUGGUCUCCUGGAUCUUUGUCACAGGGCAGUUGGUGGUAUAUGAUCUCCCUAUUCCAGAGGUUUCCAACCUUUUUGAGUUGACGGCUCCCUUGGCCAGCUACAUUCUUUCUGCGGCACCCCUGUGGGGCUCUGAAGCCCAGCUAUGUCACCCCUUGCCUGCAGAGCUCUCACCCUUUUUCGAACACCCUCCCUUGUGGAGUGUUCCCUCAGCCUUCUCUCCUUGGGAGUCCUCUGGGCAGCUGCUGCCCCGAUCUCUUAGCUGCCCCCUCCAGCCCCCAAGAGAGGUGCCUCCUGACACUGCCCACCAGGGGCCUGGGAAGAGGAUGCCCCCAGCCUUAGUGGCGCAACAGAGACUGGCCAAAGGUGAACAGGAGGCCAGCACCUUACCUUAGGAGGCAGCAGUGGGCGCUGCCAGGCCUGUAUGGCAGAAAGGCUCUCCUUCAGCACUGGGCACUUAGCUCCCAGGCAGACCUUGCACACAGCAAGCAGAAGAAAGGCCAGCGCAGCGCCUGCCAGCCUCCCACUUAUCUGUCCAUUCCCAACAGCAAGGGCUGGCGGACUGGCUGGCUGGGCUUCCUCGCCCACUUGUCUGUUUACUCCGAGGCCGCCUCAACUCCUGGCAACCAGUGCCCCCUGACCAGCCCGAGGCACCAUUCACCUGCGGAGCUUGUAGCCAGGGCUGCUGCAACAAAUAGCUGUGCAAGCCUUUGGGAGGUAGAGACACAAUGUUAUGUACUGAGUUGAAUAGGAUCCAAAAUGCAGCAGUCUGAUUGGUCCUAGACCAAUAGGAUUCAGAAUGCAGCAGUCUGAUUGGUCCUAGAACAAUAGGACCCAGAAUGCAGCAGUCUGAUUGGUCCUAGAACAAUAGGAUUCAGAAUGCAGCAGUCUGAUUGGUCCUAGAACAAUAGGACCCAGAAUGCAGCAGUCUGAUUGGUCCUAGACCAAUAGGAUUCAGAAUGCAGCAGUCUGAUUGGUCCUAGAACAAUAGGACCCAGAAUGCAGCAGUCUGAUCGGUCCACAGGAGCCACCCAAUCCAGCUCCAGGUGGAAGUGAAUCCGCAACCUGAUUGGCCUACAGGAGAAUCCUGGAAUUAGCUAAUCACGUGGGGCCUAUUAUGUAAAUAAUGUAUAUAAAGCAGACUUUCUGGGGGAACUUCCAUUCCUCCUCACAACUAUGAGCUGAAUAAAGAGCAUGAAAUCCACUCUUGACUCCGAGUAUAUUUCACACAAAAAGACAUCAGAGGAAAGGAACUAAAGUAGGACAUAGGUCAGUGUUUCCCACGGUACCCCUGGCCACCAUUCAAGGCCCCCGGGGUGCCAUGGCACACUGGUUGAAAACCACUGCCCUGUCCUAUUUUUCCUCCUGUCCUCAUUGCUCAGCAGUACCCAUUAUAGGAAGUAAGAAUGAUGGGUGAUUGUUUCCCCCAACAACUGCUUCUCACAUCAUGUCAGAUCCCAGCACAAAUGGCCCAUCUCACAGAUAAGGUCUUCUGAAUGUGAUCAAGUCGCUAUCUGAACAGGGGUCAAAGCUAGACUUGUAUCUCUGUCCUUGGUCUGUGGCGUUCAUAUGACGGAAAGGAUUAUUGAUGCAUUUGGACUAUUUGUGGAAGGCAUGGGGAACCUGGGGGUCUCCAGAUGUGGUUGGAAGUCUUCACAUCACUAAAUUCACAGGUAGAUUGAGGGGAGAACAAUAGGCUUGUUUCCUCCUAAAGUGAGGGGAAAUGACUAGGCCAGGGGUCAGCAAACUUUUUCAGCUGUCCCUCAGACCUUGUGGGAGGCCGGACUAUAUUUUGAAGGGGGGAAAAGAACCUAUGCCCCACAAAUAACCCAGAGAUGCAUUUUCAAUAAAAGCACACAUUCUACUCAUGUAAAAACAUGCUGAUUCUCAGACAGUCCGCAGGCCAGAUUUAGAAAACGAUUGGGCCGGAUCCGGCCCCUGGGCCUUAGUUUGCCUACCCAUGAACUAGGCUAAGCAUGCCAGGACAGCUUACUCUGUGGGCAUUGGCAGGUAACAGCUGACUUCAACUAACAAGCGUAGGGAAACAUUUUUAAACUGCUGAAGUUGUUCAUGGAAUAUAUGUAUAGCUUUUGGCUCAGCCCUGCGUUUCAUACACUCCAAGCAGGCAUCAGUAAAUUUACUAUGUGAGAACAGUGUUGCUUUUUCCCUGUGCAAUUGAUUAGUGUUCCAGUACUGGGGGAAAGUAAUGUAUCCAAAACAGUCUAAACGAAAGAGUACAAAAAGGCAUUUGGAUAUCCCGUAAGUGAAUUCUCGUUUAUUGUACUCAAAAGUGAGUGUGUAUUUUGAACGUUAAAGAGCUGCUGGCAGUUCUGUUGCAAUUGGAUUAUCCUCUGGAAAUUGGUUUUUAAUCCAUGUGAAUCCUUCCUUGAUGUAUUCAUUUGUUGCCUUACUGAAGAUGAUGAUGGUGGAGAUAAUGUUUAAUUGGUUACAGGUUUAUGACUCUGGCUUUGAGAGUGCAGAUGUCUUUGUUUAGACGCCUAUAUACUUGUUUGGUCAGUACAACAAGCAAGUAUUCAGUUUCCUGUUCUUCUUUAAACAAUCACGUGUUCACUUACUGAGAACCUAAAUAUAUCGAACAAAUGAUCUUAAAAGAAGGACAGGAAACUGAGUAUUUGCUUGUUGUACAGACCAAACAAAUGCAACACAGGAGUUCUGCCCUAGCCUUUUCCUCAGAGACUAGUUUUGUAUAUGCAGGGAUUCAUUCACAAACCGACAUUUGGUGGAAGCAUUCAAACGUUUUUUCUACCCCUACUACAACAGUCCAUAAGGUAGGCCAGGAUUAUUAAUUCCAUAGUGCAGAUUGUGGGGAAAGAUUGAGUGAGAGAAGAGAAGCAUGACUCCUUAGGCUGUUUAUUGAGUCAGUGGCUGAGGUGAAAACAAUAGGACCGGAAGCACAAUUUGGGUAGGCUUGUGGCUGCAUACAGGGAACGAAGAUGGAAGAAACCUGCUAUUGGAUAUAUUCAAGAUUGUAAAAAGGCAGUGUAAUUUAAGGACAUGCAUUGUGGUUAUAUCGGUGUAUGUAUCAACAUUAUCCACAUUUUGCAGGGGGGUUGGACUAGAUGAGCCUUGUGGUUCCUUCCAACUCUACAAUUCUAUGACUAAGUAGACACCCCCAAACUUUAAAAAUAAUAAUAAUUGAAGAGAUUUGUACCUUUGGUGUGCAUAACAGAGGUCCAUGGCACCGUUAUAUAGCAAUAAUCUGUGACAGUAAAUAGUCUGGGGGCGAUAAGUGAUCCUGAGCAAUCAGGGCUGGAUUUAGGUUUGAUGAGGCCCUGAGCUACUGGAGGUAAUGGUGCCCUUUUUAUGUCCAGCUGUCCUUUAUCAACAACAAAUUGCCACUGCUUUUUGUGUUGAAUAUAUGCUAUGUGGCAAUUUCUGGACCUAAUAGGUAUUUAAAGCCAUCUGCACAUGCAGAAUGUAGGCACCCCAUACAGUGGUACCUCUGGAUGUGAACGGGAUCCAUUCCGGAGCCCCGUUCACAUCCAGAAGCGAACACGACCUGCGUCCGUGCAUCUGCGGGUCAUGAUUCGCCAGUUCUGUGCAUGCGCGUGACAUCAUUUUGACACUGCGCAAGCUGCAAAACCCGGAGGUAACACGUUCCAUUACUUCUGGGUCGCCACAGCGCGCAACCCGAAAUUACUUAUCCCGAAGCUACUUCAACCCGAGGUAUUACUGUAUAUAGAAAUGAGCAAACCAGUGAUAUUUUAGGGAGCAGGCUAGCAGGCGGGGCCCAUUGCUUACAUUAUAGGAGCCUACGCAGCACAAAAUACUGUUGCUGUAUGUAGGUUUGAUUUUAUUUGGGUUUUUUAAUCUUAUAUUUUGGAAAUGUACAUCCAGUUUUUUUCCCUUUAAUUUUUUGGGGGGCCCCCAAGAGAGUGGGGCCCUAAGCUAUAGCUUGUUUAGCUUAUACGUAAAUCCGGCACUGUGGGCAAUACAGUGGUACCUCACAAGACGAAUGCCUCGCAAGACGAAAGAGUUUUCCGUUUUUUGAGUCGUUCCGCAAGACGAAUUUCCCUAUGGGCUUGCUUUGCAAGACAAUAUGUCUUGCAAGUUCUUGCGAGUUUGUUUCCUUUUUCUUAAAGCCGCUAAUAGCCGCUAAGCCGCUAAUAGCCGUGCUUCGCCAGACGAAAAAACCGCAAGACGAAGAGACUCGCGGAACGGAUUCAUUUCGUCUUGCGAGGCACCACUGUAAUGACAUAUGACCUAAAUGCGACCCACCUAAAUUUGAAUGCCUUCUGUGGGAGCGGCAGGCCAUAUAUCUAAGUGCCAGACUUUCCCACUGAACACCUAAACACAGAGAGUGGAUGAUGCUUUCCCUACGAUGACAAAGGUGCAGGAAUGUCAGGAUUCCUGCCGGAAGGAUGAUUAGCUAUGUGUACCAAUCAGCUGCCGGUAACAUCUGGAAAAUCUGGAAAACGUGCUCCUUAGGUGGAGCUGAGUCAAGGGAAGGAGUCAGUGACAAACAAAAAACUUUCUCAUUUCCUAAUCAUUCGAAUUCUCUGAGGUUAACAAUGGCUGUCUCCUCUAAUUCCUACUCAAGUGGCGCGUGUUGCAUAUGUGAGGACCAAACGAGACAAGCUAUCAAAUGUGUCUCUGCCCUUGAUGGACAGGGUUGUUGCUUUUAAGAAACGGAAACAUAGCUGGGAGGUUGGAAGCUGAUACUUAUUGGAGCAUGAAAAGCAUUUCUUUCACUGCUGCAGUUCUGAGGGAGGAAAAAACCUUCUCUGAAAGUGGCAUUUUCUUCUGGGUAAAUCCAAUGGAUUUCCCAAAAAGAAAAUACCAGCUCCGCAGAACAGAUAUAUCCCUCAGGGCUGCAGCAGGGGGAUGGAAGGUUUAAAUCACCACCACCAUGCCUUCGGUGCUCCAAUAAUUAUAUUCCUCCUCCCGACACUGAUUUUAUUUGCAUUUUUAAAGGCAGCACAAAUAUGUUUAAUGUCACAGGUACUCUUGCUAUAAAUCUUCUUGACCUGGAUAAUUAUUUCCUUAUCACCUGAGAUCCUUCUCUCAAGGAGUAGAGAGAAUGUUGUGAAACUAGACCUCAUAAGCUCAGUCCUGUGCAUGUGUACUGGGAAUUAUUAUUGUCCCUGUCUCCAGUUGGGCUCACUCCCAUUUAAGCAUGCAUAUAGCCUUCAUCUCUCUCAGAUCUUGCAUUAGAUGAAACUCCCAAGUCCUGUUUCUUUAAGGGCUGGUUUGCAAAUGGCAGUAGGGCGUGCUGGAUUUUUCAAUUUUCAACUUCCCAAAAUAUGAGGGGUGCUAAAAAGUUGGAACGACUUAGGAAUUCAAAAGAGAUUUUGGUUAUAUUAAUAUAACUUAGUUUUGCUUGUUUAGUAAAAUGUGUGUAAAAUUGCACAGAAAAAAAUUACAAAUGCAGUUGUACCUUAUUAUUAUUAUUAUUAUUAUUAAGCAUUACCUGACAUUUUCAGAAGGUAAAAUCAAAAUCGUUUGGUUUUCCGAAAGCAGUUUGUGGGCUUCUUCAUCAUAAAACUAAACUUGCCCAAUCAUGAAAGUUUUGAAUUCAGCACGCGCAAAAACAUAUUUUUUAAGGCCUGUCACUGAAGAAAUUAGCAAAAUUUAAGUUUCAGCCCUUAAACUCACCCCAAAAUUUAAGUUGCACACCCUAGUAUGGCAGCUCAUCACUUGUUUUCAGUAGUCUUAGACAAGUUUGGUCAAUACUUUAUAGAGACUUGAGCCAGCAGUCUCCCUGUGUGUUGGUGUUCUGGCCAUGAUUCGCCACUCCCACAAGAUAGCCGACUGCAUGGUGCCUACAUGCAUACAGUCUUUCAUGCACAGGUACAACUCACAUGGUUGAUUUCCCCGAUAAAAUCCUGGUAAUGUCCUGCAAGAAGGAGCUGGCCAGUUGUGUGCACGUAUGUCGAUCUCUUUUGUCGACCAAUGUCAUUCGUGCCCUGUGUACAGAAUUGAGUUAGUGGAAUAAUAUAGGUAAAGAUAAAGGGACCCCUGACCAUUAGGUCCAGUUGUGGCUGACUCUGGGGUUGUGGCGCUCAUCUCGCUUUACUGACCAAGGGAGCCGGCGUACAGCUGGUCAUGUGGCCAGCAUGACUAAGCCGCUUCUGGCAAAGCAGAGAAGUGCACGGAAACACCGUUUACCUUCCCGCCGGAGCGGUACCUAUUUAUCUACUUGCACUUUGACGUGCUUUCGAACUGCUAGGUUGGCAGGAGCAGGGACCGAGCAACGGGAGCUCACCCCGUCGCGGGGAUUCGAACCACCGACCUUCUGAUCGGCAAGUCCUAGGCUCUGUGGUUUAACCCACAUCACCAACCAUGUCCCUAGUGGAAUAAUAUAGAGCAGAGUAAAUAAUAUAAAUAAAAUGCAAAUGUUAAAGAAGGGUGCUUCUUCUUGCUGGACGUUACCAGGAUUUGAAGGGUGACCAGGUGACAAAGAGGACAGGACACCCGCACUUUUAAUAGUUGUGUACAAGAGAAAAUUUGAGCAGUUGUAGCUUGUAGUCAUUACGAGCCAAUUCAGACAAGGCUUCUGAGGCCCAAUUUGGGUCUAACAUGGAGCCAGCAUGCCCACCAUGACUGUUUGCUUAUUCAAUGCUUUUUGGGGGUGGUCCCAAAUCUUUGACAUUAGCAGGGAGUGGGUGUAAUUCCAUUUCUUCAGCUCCAUGAGCCACUUUAAACAUUUUCUUUUCUUUUCUUUUUUUUAAAUAAUUUUUUAUUAAAGUUUUAAACAAAGAAAAAAGAAAAACAACACACACAAAAAACAAUACAAAACUUAACAAUGAAAACAUAAAACAUAACAAUUAAAAACAAACUCUCUUUUCCAUUUCCAAUUUUAAAUUACUUAUUUUCUGGACUUCCUCAUACCUCCCUCUUUUGUAUUCCAAUCCACAUUAUUUGUCCAGCAGUUUCUUUUCCACUUUUUAUCCCAAUCUUUAAUUUAAUAAAAUGUUAAAAUAUAUAACUUCAACUUUUUAAACCUAAUCCUUACUCUUAAUGUCAUAUAGCUUUAAAUUUUUCCCUUUUAUUAUCAAAUUUCCAUUUCUUUAAACAUCUUUAAUCUUAAUCUUUAAUCUUAGUCUAUCCUUAACUUUAACCUGUACAGCUGGAAACCACUUAUUUUCAAUCCAACAUCACUCUAACAUUCCUUAAUUUUGCAGUGUUUCUGAAGAUAGUCUUUGAAUUUCUUCCAAUCUUCCUCCAUCGACUCUUCUCCCUGGUCACGGAUUCUGCCAGUCAUUUCCGCCAAUUCCAUAUAGUCCAUAAGUUUCAUCUGCCAUUCCACUUUAAACAUUUUCGCCUUCCACCGAAGGAUCAGUUUCCCAAAGUCCUAUGAGCUGCACCACAGAUAUAUAACAGCUUUAUUAUAUUGGCAGUUUCAUUUUCCGUCUUUCCCCUCAUGAUCCCUAGGCACAGCAUUCACAUAUUUCACAGCUAAAGCACAUUGGGUCAACAUCUUCACCAUCAGUUAUUAUUUGUACCCUGCCCAUCUGACAGUUUUGGGUGGCUAUCAAGUUAUCAAGCUAUCCCUCGGAUCCCAAGGUCUUCUUCCUGGUCAGCCAGCCCCUGUUCAGACCCCAUGAGAAGAUAUGUGAAAUUAGAAUGUUUUGCACUUGCUUACAUUGAAUUGCAUUUGCCAGUUUUUUUAUUGUUUAGUUAUUUCAUCAAAUUUAUAUGCCUCCUGAUUGUGUGUGUGUGUGUGGGAACCCUCAAAGUACUUUACUGCUCAUUCUUCCAGCUUGGGGAGACACCUCCCUGCUCUGACCCUGGUGGAGCUCUGACAAACCUCAUUUUAGUAAUUCAAUCAUAGGUUUAUAUUAAAGGCUAUCUCUUCCUUCUCCUCCAGUUUUCCCAACACAGUUUUGAAUCCUAACUUAUGCACCACCUUAUGAUAUCAAAAGACAGAUGUAACCAUUCAAGCAACAGAGAGCUCAUAGUAAGGUUAUAAGAAAAUAUUUUCUCCCUGGUUUGCUGAUACUAUGCCAAGACAGAUUUAUAUAACUCUUAGCUUCACAAACCUCAAAAGCAAGCUUUCAUAUUUAAACUGCUUUUAUGUUUAAACUCUUUGAGCUGUCACUUCAAAAGAGCACAGUACCUCUAUUAACUUUUUUUAAUUAAAAAAUUUAAAAAGUCACUGGGGAACUCUGUGAUCCAGUUCCCAAGGAGAACAGAACUGCAUUUUAAUGAAUAAGGAACAACUGGAUGAUAUUAUCUCUACCAUCCCAUUACAGUAGUCUUCUCAGAUGCUACUUUUGAGAAGGAAUUCAGAAUGACUCAUUUCCCCGUCUACGUUAUUAACAUUCCCCAGUUAUUUGGAAGAAACAUUAUUACUACCACUAAUGAGGUUGUGGUGUUGUGUUUGUGAAGUUAGACUUCGUUCAGUCAGAUAAUGCCACACUGUACAGGUACAACCUAUCUAUUUGGAAUGGGACCCAUCAGAAGCCAAUUAAGUCUGUGACCUAGAUGAGCACUUGGGUAACCAGCACUUAAAAUCCAAUUAAAUUUAAAUUAAUAAAUGAAUAGCACCAAUUGUACUCAUGAUAUCAGACACUCGUUGCAUUAGACGAGGUUUUUGUAGUUCCGUAUUGACUUACAAGGGACGCAGGUGGUGCUGUGGGUUAAAUCACAAAGCCUAGGACUUGCCGAUCAGAAGGUCGGCAGUUCGAAUCCCUGCGACGGGGUGAGCUCCCGUUGCUCGGUCCCUGCUCCUGCCAACCUAGCAGUUCGAAAGCACAAAGUGCAAGUAGAUAAAUAGGUACCGCUCCAGCGGGAAGGUAAACGGCGUUUCCGUGUGCUGCUCUGGUUCGCCAGAAGCGGCUUAGUCAUGCUGGCCACAUGACCCGGAAGCUGUCUGCGGACAAAUGCCGGCUCCCUCGGCCAAUAAAGCGAGAUGAGCGCCGCAACCCCAAAGUCGGUCACGACUGGACCUAAUGGUCAGGGGUCCCUUUACCUUUACCUUUAUUGACUUACAAUGGCCCCUUCCUCAUAGCUCCGGUUAUGGGCCUGCUGUCAAUUCACUAUAAAGUUGAGGGUGGAGGAGCUUCAAGGUCAGUUUGCACUGCUGAGAAGGAGGACUCACCUCCAUCUCUGGUUUUCUGCCCCAAAUUAACUGUUUUAAAACUUGGUUGUUCUCUUGGCAAGAAUUAUUGCAGGUCAUUGAGUCCCAUCAGGAGCGGGUGUGUGGGGAGAGAGAGAGAGAGAGAAUGAAUGAAUGAAUGAAUGAAUGAACUAAAAAAAAGGUUGUUGGGAAGUUAACAGGUUGGUGGGAGUGUGAUUCAACUCCCUAUUCUUACCCCUAUUGCACUUUAAACCACCACCAUGGCUAUAUAGGAAGUCAGUAGCAGACCUGAAGCAUCAUGGCUGGUGAGAGAGAGGGUUUUCCUCACAUACCUAAAUAGGGUUGUAUUUUGCAUUUGCUGUUGCCACACAGAAAAAAAAAUUGUGUUGCAGUAGAUGGUUCCCCUGAGAAAACACUAAUCACCUACUGAAAAACAAGGCACCACUUUGGGACUUUUAUUUGACUAGGAAAUACUUUUAAUAGAACAAAAAUACUUGCAUUGCCGUGUAGCAAACUUAAUUGACUUAUACAAGAGUGACAGUACUGGCAAAAAAGUCUGUGUAAGUUAAUUGUAUUCGCCACACCUCAAAUAAAGCUGCAGUUCUUGUUGCGCUGCUUUGAAAAGGAUAUGUUAAGAUUAGAAGAAGAACAAACAAAGGCAAUUAAAAUUACGAGGGCAUGAAAAGUCUUCUUCAUCUUGGAUAGAAAGAAGAAAGACAUGAAAGAGAGUGAUAAAGUAAUUGCGUGUGUCAGAGAAUUUGAACAGGAAACUAAUUUUGGAGCAGCAAGUAUAAAACAACUGAUUAAUACUGUACUUUCCUCAAAUGAUCAAAAGAAUGCACUCUGCAGACUUGGGGAAGUCUUGGGCAAGCAGAGGUGGUGAUGGGCAACAUGACUGAUGAUUUUUUUAACACAACACAAAGCCUAGGACUUGCCGAUAAGAAGGUCAGCAGUUUGAAUCCCUGCGAUGGGGUGAGCUCCCAUUGCUCAGUUUCCAUGCGCUGCUCUGGUUCGCCAGAAGCGGCUUAGUCAUGCUGGCCACAUGACCCGGAAGCUGUAUGCCGGCUCCCUCGGCCAAUAAAGUGAGAUGAGCACCGCAACCCCAGAGCUGGUCACGACUGGACCUAAUGGUCAGGGGUCCCUGUACUUUUUACACAAAUUCUUAAAAGAGCCUCUUGGUUGGUCUUUUAAAGGGGGUUAUUUUAAUCUGUUUCUGUAUUUUAACUUUUGUGUCUUUUGAAGCAGGAUUGUAAAUUCUCCUUGAUUUUACUGUUUUACAUUUUGUAAGCCACUUUGAUUAUUAUUUUUUACAAUCAAGUGGUUUAUAUAUUUUUUGAAAUGAAAUGAAUGAAUGAAUGGUCACUAAAUUGUUAACUACUUGGAACCCCAGGAAUGACAGGUUCUCUUUUUGUAUAAGGUUCUCUUUUUGUAUCAUGUGCCAUUCUGAAUUUCCUCAAACGCCCACAAUAACUGAUCAGGUGACUGUGAUGCUCUCUUGCUCUCCCUGAACAUGUGAGAGCAAAAAGUGUGCAGGGGUUGUGUUUGUGUAUUCUGCUUUACCGCCCCCCUCCCUGCAUACACCAACCCAUUUCGCUCCAUUCCUGACUUCUGUGUGUUUAGUUCAGGGGUCGACAAAUUCCCAUCAUCUGCCUCUGAGUUGUGACCUCCCUCAAACCACUGUUGUACAGUGGUGCCCCGCAAGACGAAUGCCUCGCAAGACGGAAAACCUGCUAGACGAAAGGGUUUUCCGUUUUGGAGGUGCUUCGCAAAACGAAUUUCCUGUGUGCUUGCUUCGCAAGACGAAAAUGUCUUGCGAGUUCCUGCGGGGUUUUUUUCCUUUCCCCCCCUUUUUCCCAAGCCGCUAAACCGCUUAUCAGCUGAUGGGCUAAGCCGCUUAACAGCUGAUCGCUAAGCCGCUUAUCAGCUGAUCGUUAAGCCGCUUAUCAGCUUUUUCCCAAGCCGCUAAACCGCUUAUCAGCUGAUGGGCUAAGCCGCUGAACUGCUGGUUGCUAAGCCGCUUAUCAGCUGAUCGUUAAGCCGCUUAUCAGCUUUUUCCCAAGCCGCUAAACCGCUUAUCAGCUGAAGGGCUAAGCCGCUUAACAGCUGGUCGCUAAGCCGCUUAUCAGCUGUUCGCUAAGCCGCUUAUCAGCUGAUCGUUAAGCCGCUUAUCAGCUUUUCCCAAGCCGCUAAACCGCUUAUCAGCUGAUGGGCUAAGCCGCUUAACAGCUGGUCGCUAAGCCGCUUAUCAGCUGAUCGUUAAGCCGCUUAUCAGCUUUUUCCCAAGCCGCUAAACCGCUUAUCAGCUGAAGGGCUAAGCCGCUUAACAGCUGGUCGCUAAGCCGCUUAACAGCUGAUCGCUAAGCCGCUUAUCAGCUGAUCGUUAAGCCGCUUAUCAGCUUUUUCCCAAGCCGCUAAACCGCUUAUCAGCUGAUGGGCUAAGCCGCUUAACAGCUGGUCGCUAAGCCGCUUAUCAGCUGAUCGUUAAGCCGCUUAUCAGCUUUUUCCCAAGCCGCUAAACCGCUUAUCAGCUGAUGGGCUAAGCCGCUUAACAGCUGGUCGCUAAGCCGCUUAUCAGCUGUUCGCUAAGCCGCUUAUCAGCUGAUCCGAUAAGCCCGCUAAACCGCUAAUGGGCUUGCUUCGCAAGACGAAAAAACCCGCAAGACAAAGAGACUCUUGGAACGGAUUCUUUUCGUCUUGCGAGGCACCACUGUAAAUCUAUACUGGCUUCCUCUUCCUCCUCCCUGGAAGGGUCAGGAUGGGGAGGGGGUCUCCACCAUUCCUCCUCUGCCCAGUCCAUGACAGUCACUCUCUCCUGGUCUGACGUACCUCACACAGGUUUGUGGUGAAGACUGAAUGAGGAGAAUCCCACCUUGAGGUGCUCAGAGAAAGGGCAGGGUAAAAAUGAAACGAACAAACAAAUAUCAUGUCAGUGGUCAUGUAUGGAAGUUGUUAUGUUCUUUAGAAAGACUUGCUGAAAAAUCUGACCAAAGGGUGAUGGUCCUGUUGUUGACAAGGCUGACUUAGUUCAGAACCCUACAUGUUGUGUAAGAAAAGGUGGGCAAAGGUGAAUAAUAAUUCAUCUGAGAUAUUGCAAAAGUUAAAGUGGAAUCUGGAAGCUAUGAGAUGUUGCAGAUCAACAGAAGUCUUUGAAACUGAAGGUGCUGACAAGAUUGAGCAGGACAAGGUAAUAAGCAGAAAAGAGCAAAGCAGGUAAAUCAGGUGACAGGACUCUGAGUGUGUGGAAGAGGCAGAGGAGGCCCCAGGUUGACCCCGGAGAGUGGGCCAGUGAUUUAUUGGGUUUUGUGCCACCAGCGAAGCAGGAGCUAGGGCUGGAGGAAGGGGAGAAGUCUGAGCAGUCAGAGAUGGUGGACAUAACAGAAGCAGAAGAAGAGGUUCUUCAGGUGGAGGACGAGCUGGUUGAAUUCCUGCCAUCCCCUGCCACACUGUCUCAUAGAAUCAGGAGAGGCUCAAAGAGGCAAGCACAGUGGCAACUUCGGUUUAGGAGGAAUCACUUGCGCGAAAACUCCGUCAGAUUAAGUCUGGGGUAUGUGUGGUCCCUGUUGUGUUUUUUUUGGGGGGGGAUUAAAGAACCUGUUAAUGAGGGUGAAAGAGGAGAGCGCAAAAUAUGGUCUGAAGCUCAACAUCAAAAAAACUAAGAUGUGGACACUGGUCCCAUCACCUCCUGGCAAAUAGAAGGGGAGGAAAUGGAGGCAGUGAGAGAUUUUACUUUCCUGGGCUCCAUGAUCACUGCAGAUGGUGACAGCAGUCACGAAAUUAAAAGACGCCUGCUUCUUGGAAGAAAAGCAAUGACAAACCUAGACAGCAUCUUAAAAAGCAGAGACAUCACCUUGCCGACAAAGGUCUGUAUAGUUCAAGCUAUGGUUUUUCCAGUCGUGAUGUAUGGAAGUAAGAGCUGGACCAUAAAGAAGGCUGAUCGCCGAAGAAUUGAUGCUUUUGAAUUAUGGUGCUGGAGGAGACUCUUGAGAGUCCUAUGGACUGCAAGAAGAUCAAACCGAUCCAUUCUGAAGGAAAUCAGCCGUGAGUGCUCACUGGAAGGACAGAUCCUGAAGCUGAGGCUCCAAUACUUUGGCCACCUCAUGAGAAGACUUGACUCCCUGGAAAAGACCCUGAUGCUGGGAAAGCUGGAGGGCACAAGGAGAAGGGGACGACAGAGGACGAGAUGGUGGGACAGUGUUCUCGAAGCUACCAGCAUGAGUUUGACCAAACUGCGGGAGGCAGUGGAAGACAGGAGUGCCUGGCGUGCUCUGGUCCAUGGGGUCACGAAGAGUCAGACACAACUAAACAAGUAAACAACAACAACAAAUGUGUGGUCCCCCUGUUGCUUCAGCGGUUCAGCUGGGGCACAAGCCUGGGAAAGUGAAUGCCAGCAAAGCAGUGUCUAGAAGCAUGUGUGUUUUUAUUCAGUGCACCUCAUGAGCUGCUGUGAGUGCCUGCUUUUGUCAAUAAAGAGGUGAACUCCUGGUUGUUUGUCUUCCUUGGUUGGGUGUGUUCAGGACGUCAGGUAAAUGAUAGCCUGAGGUUUUGAUCUGGUGAGCUUGAAUUCUAAAGGCAGAGAACAAAAGCAGAGAAAGGCUGCAUGUGCGUGAUAGUUUAUUUUAGAAUCAACGGGGACUGACAGAAACCAAAAAUAAUUUUUGUCCCCCAAAGUGCUUCUUGAGACACUGUUUUCAUUCUGAAAAUAGAAGCUCAUUGAAGACUGAUUGUGCAUUGCCUCACAGUGUGUGCAUUUGAAAACAGAGGUGGGUGAGGCUGGAAAUAGGGGAUUGUGGGGGAAUAUACCAAUACCGGGACGCGGGUGGCGCUGUGGGUUAAACCACAGAGCCUAGGACUUGCUGAUCAGAAGGUCGGCGGUUCGAAUCCCCGCGAUGGGGUGAGCUCCCAUUGCUUGGUCCUGGCUCCUGCCAACCUAGCAGUUCGAAAGCAUGUCAACAUGCAAGUAGAUAAAUAGGUACUGCUCUGGCGGGAAGGUAAACGGUGUUUCCGUGCGCUACUCUGGUUCACCAGAAGCGGCUUAGUCAUGCUGGCCACAUGACCCGGAAGCUGUACGCCGGCUCCCUUGGCCAGUUAAGCGAGAUGAGCGCCGCAAUCCCAGAGUGGGCCACAACUGGACCUAAUGGUCAGGGGUCCCUUUACCCUUUACCUUUUUAUACCGAUACUGCAAUAAUGGUUUCUUUCUUCAUUCACCCGGGGUAUGUGCAAGGAGGAAAAGGCAUGGAUAACUUUGGUAUUCAGGGCAGAUUGAAGAUUCUGCCCCCUUUCCUGCUCAUCUGUCUUCCUGCCAGAGGUGGUUGUGGAUUUGGUGCUGAAAACUCCCAGAAUGAUUGUCCUGUGGGACUCUGGACAUAAAUCCCGAGGCUUAGGAUUUCAUGGCUUCCAUGACAACUAUGGGGCUGACCCCACAUGUCAUCAACCCAGGGCAUGCAGGACAGACUCUUGAUUUGGAUUUCUCUUGCCAUGGCCAGAAAACUUCCUGUUUAACUUUAGACCUUCCGCAUCUCUACUCCCCUGCACGGGUGGGGGAACUAUUAAAAUGGUCCGCCCUUGGAGUGUAAUGAGUCCUCUGAACUUCCUGCUGUGGUGCUCCUGUCAAAUCCCUAGUUGCUCUGUGGAUAUGGAGAUGACCCAAGUGAUGGAUUGCUCUGUGGAUAUGAAGAUGACCCGAGUGAUGGAUAUGCUGCAGUUAAAUGGUUAGAAAGGAGAUGGAGGAAGACUGGUGACGAGUUCAAUUAAGUGCGUUAAGAGGUGAGCUCAUUAUCGAGCCAACUCAAUGGAAAUGCUGGUAUCAAAGUGUGGGAGCCAUGAGGAUUUAUUUUCACUAUUGCAUCUUCUCAUUGUCAGCUGUUCUGACAACAGUCCAUGGCCUCGUGCAAUUUGGCCUGGGGAGAGAUGCUGUGGAAUGUUUGGUAAAUUUGCUCCCAGUUGCCAUGAUCUGGACUCUCUGCAGUGGAGAGAGCUCAGGUGCCUAUCAGGUCCAGUUUUUAUGGAUAUUUUAAAGGUAUUCUGAGGGUGUGGACAAGAUCUUUGGUUACAUUCAGCCGACCAUCAAUAUGCUUGAGCGUCCUUGUCCACUGAGGCUUAUUACUCUAAUAAAGAGGUGAUGUCUGGCCAAGUCUAGGAUCCAUUUCAGUAUGAUUUCAAGAUCAGUUUUGGGCCUGCCAUUGCCUUGAUCACUCUGUGACAUUGGAUCUGUCGAUAGGAAGACAGAACGGGUGAACCCUUAUUUAUUAUUUUCAACUUCUUGGAAGCUUUUGAUGCCAUCGGUCAUAGUAUCUUUCUGAAGAGGCUACCUGAGUAGUUUUCCCCACCUCUUGCAAAGACUGGCUGGGGAAACCCAGCCAGAUGGGUGAGGUAUUAAGAAGAAGAAGAAGAAGAAGAAGAAGAAGAAGAAGAAGAAGAAGAAGAAGAAGUUGUUUCCAAUAUUCUCCCUAUUGACUUCUAGAGAGAUGGUCCUGCAAUUGUGUCAGGGUAGAAUGGUGCUGAGCCCUAAAGAAAAACAAAUGUCACAAUUAUUAGGGAAAUAUAAAAAAGAGGGGGGGGGGAAUGCAGCCCUGUCUGGAAAGCAGCGAAGUGGCUCAGAAAGGGGGAAAAUCGCCUUUGCAUGCGAUUAUGUGACAGGACAUAUAUAUAUAUAGGUGGCAUCCUGGUUCAUCCUUGGGCUCAUCCACACACAGUGCUUUCUAGGCCCAAGUCUAGAAAAGUCUGAGCACUUUUCCCACUUCCUUCACUUUCCCCAGGAAAAUCCACUCUUCGAUGCUGAAUCAGAACAAACAGCAAUUUGGGUUUUCUGCUGAUUGUGGAAAGCAUUAAAGAAUGGAGAGUGGAACUGCGGAUGGGCGCGAGAAAGCUACCUCAGCAGCAUCCUUGUGUGGUGUCGCCUGGCCGAGGAGAGGGACGGAGAAUUGACUCUCCUCUCCAGGCCAGGCUUGACCCAGGGGUAGAGCUGUGUGGUUCCGCCCUCCAAAAAAAGUGUCGCCCAAUGUGGUCAGCCUCCCUGCCCCCUAGCUAUGCUAGUGGGAUUUUCACAGGGAAAGUGGAGGGGCAAAUAAAAUAAAAUAGUACUCGGGCAAAGACUGGAAAAGUGCAAACCUGUGCCUAGAAAGUCCGGAGGAAAAUGAGUGUGGAUGAUCCCUAUGUUGAUAGAGAUGCUGUGCAAUUUGAGAUGAAACCGAGAUGAUGAACUGCUGUGGUAUGUGAUAAGAAUACAUUGAGAAGACACCUAGGAUUACUCACCAGCAAUUUAUCUCAGCAUCUCAGCUACCAAGCAAGUUGUGUCUCCAUCUAACAUUCCAAAGCCUUGAGCCGCUGCUCAGGUGUCCAUUAAACCAUAGUAACAGCAAUAACAUUUCUGUACCAGAAACUGCAUUGUCUCACUGUUAGGAGUCUUGCAGCACACUGUUAAGUAGGGAAGCACUAUUAUCUCCUUUCUGCAGACCAGGACAUCCUGGGAAUUUGCAGUGGGAGGAGGAAACUGAAUCUUUGUCAAAAGCAGGGGGGCAGCUGCCCCCCAUCAAGUAAAUCAAUAAAGAUAAUUAACUAACUGAAGUUCUGCACCACCACCACCACCACCCCCAAGAUAAAUCCUAGCUACGCCCAUGGUCAAAAGACUUGGCAGUCAUUAAAAAAAGCAGAUUUAACAUUAAGGUUGUAUUCUCUCUAGAACAUAAGUUCCACUGAACUUAUGGUAGAACUUGCUUCCAAGUGAACACGCGUAGGAUUGUGCUCUUAAGUCUUCCCUUGAUAUUAAAUUUUGCUUUAACCGUCUCAUGAUAAUUAAUACACAAACUUUGUACAACAAAAUGGAGUAAGCCUACAUGCACACUACUUUGAAGUCCUAUAAAAAAGGGUAAAUAUAACAAGUCAUUAAAAAGUAAUAAAACCACGCAGGAAAUAUUUUUAUUUUCAUAUGGGACGCAAGGCUACCUUUCAGUUAUAAAGUGUUUGAAGAGUUUUGUAAUUCAAGUCUACUAAAUUUAUAGAUAAUAUGAAUUGGUUGUUGUUAUUUGCAUUUGUUAAAUCACUUUAUACAGAAGUCGCAAGGCAAGUUAAAAGACCAAUAAAACUGGACAUGUCUAAAAUAUAGGCAGGCUUCUUCUUAUUUGUUGUUUCUGGUUAGAAAACAAAUGGCAAGAUGCUAUGAAUGAAAAUGCCAUUCUUAGGAAGUGGUAGAACAUUUGCAAAAGACUUUUUGGACACAGAUUACGCAAGAAGACAUUCCAGUCUAGCAAAGAGAAUUUCAGUUCUGGAGAACUGGGCUCAAACGCUGUCUGAGAUGGAUAGCUUUGUGCAGGGGUCAGCAAACUUAUUAAGCAGGGGGCCAAUCCACUGUCCCUCAGACCUUGAGGGGAGCCAGACUAUAUUUUGAAGAAGAAGAAAAAGAACGAAUUCCUAUGCCCCACAAAUAACCCAGAGAUGCAUUUUAAAUAAAAGCACACAUUCUACUCAUGUAAAAACACACUGAUUCCCGGACUGUCCGUGGGCCAGAUUUAGAAGGUGAUUGGGCCAGAUCCGGCCCCCGGGCCUUAGUUUGCCUGCCCAUGGCUUUGAGGCUUGUGGGUGAUUUACAGAGCAAUCUUAACCCUCACAUUUGCUGGCUGGAAAGGGCUAGGAUGGGGUGGAGAUGCCUUUCUGCAGGAAGAGAAGAUCUUCAUCAACAUGGGGUGUAUAUGCCAGAGAGGCCCUUGCUAUACCUGUGAAAAGUUCUAUGGGCCCCAAUUUAGCAUUAAUAGUUUUUUUUGUCGACAGCAACCAGUCAGCCCUGAAAUGGGGCGUUCUGGGGAUGGAGCAGAGACAACCUAAAACCCCUUCAUUCUUCUGUAAAUCUCCAGGAUCAGGCUCAUCAGCUAUACUCGCAUCAACUACACGCCACCCAAAUUGAUUUUACAAAAUGGAAAUCGGCUUGGGGGGUGGGGUGGGGAGAGAAAUAAGUUUUAUUCCCCUACCUCCCAGCCGGGUCACUGUGAGAUGGCACCACUCUGGAAGCAGUGGACAAUCCAUGCUUUCACUCCUUUUCAACCCAUCCAAUUCAGGAAUGCUCAGCCCAGUUGUAAGGCUACACGCUCGCAAUGGGAGAAAGAUCCGUCCAAUUCACGACUUCUGAGUAGGCAUGCAUAGGGUUGCACAGUUUCAAUACUUAAAUCACGUGAGAAAUGUAGCCUUCCUAAAAUGACUUCUUAAUAGUGCUUGGGGUUCUGAGAAACAAAUGAAGACAAGCAAGGCAGCUGUUUGUGACGCAAGCUCUUGCCUUGUGCUACUGCAGCGGAACAGGAACCAGGGGCAGGUAUGAUUCAGCUGAACGAAAAUGGUUCUUUAUGCAUUAUGGAGGAUCAUAGCUGUCAACCGUCCCUUAUUUGGUGGGAAAGUCCCUUAUCCCAGCCCUGUGUCCCGCUGCUGUCCCUUAUUGAUGAUGUCCCUUAAAUUUCCCGGGUUUCAAAGGAAGCAGCUCCUCUCCCUCCCUCCGUGCUGGCCAAGGAGGAGGGAGGCUCCAACUGUGUUGCUUGGCUGCGUUGCUCACCCAAUAAGGAGUCUAAGAACGACUGGGGGGUGGAGCUUGCAUGCCUUGUGCCGAUCAAAUCGGCCACGUUGCCUGGGGACUCGCUUUGCUCAGCGCUUCCCAGCGGAGAGGUGACGGUGGUUUCCCUUGCUGCAUCCCCUUUGCCGGGUUGCUGCGCUGUGGGAACCACCGCUUGAGGCUUCGUUUGGCUGCUGGCUGGGCUUUCUGCCUUUGGCUCAGAGGGGCUCAGAAGUUGAACAUACCUGUGCUUGGAAAAUUCCUUAUUUUGGCUGCUGGUCCCUUAUUUUCGAGGCUGCUGGUCCCUUAUUUUCAAAUCUGUAAGUUGACAGCUAUGCGGAGGAUAUCUCUGCAAUGUGGCUCUGCGGAUCUAGUAUCAGCAGGUGUUCCUCGGACGACCCUAAGUUCUCUUUGCUAAAAGAACACUUUUGCUUUCUCCCAACAGAUGUACGAGACAUUUCACAAUUCCAUUUUAAGGCCUAAAUAUAGAGGCUCACGGCUUGUCAAAGUGAGGUAUGUAAAACCACGGUCCAAACACAUGGCAAAAAUCUUCCCUCCUCUACAUUGCAGGGGAAUGGAAUGAUCGAUCCUCAGGGUCUCUUCCAACUCUACAAUUCUGUGAUUCUCCUGUGACUCAGCCAGCAGGUGGAUUUGCCAGUGUGUGUGUGUGUGUGUGUGUGUGUGUGUGUGUAACUAACUAACUAAAUAUUAAGAGCCAGUGUGGUAUAGUGGUUAAGAGCGGUGGACUCGUAAUCUGGUGAACCGGGUUCGCUUCCCUGCUCCUCCACAUGCAGCUGCUGGGUGACCUUGGGCCAGUCACACUUCUCUGAAGUCUCUCAGCCCCACUCACCUCACAGAGUGUUUGUUGUGGGGGAGGAAGGGAAAGGAGAAUGUUAGCCGCUUUGAGACUCCUUCAGGUACUGAUAAAGCGGGAUAUCAAAUCCAAACUCUUCCUCUUCUUCUUCUAAGUUGGUUGCCUGGAUUCCAACAAGCUGCUCCUGAUACAGUUCUCUACACCUCUUAGCAGAAUGGUACAGGUGACCACAGUAUGUUGGGCCAAGGUAGCUCAUCCCAGUGUCCUUUUUAUCUGUAUUGGCUCUCUGAAUCAUCUUGCCACUUGUAUGAGUACAGAUGUGUGGUAGAAAGGUUAUAAACUGCUCAUCUGGAUCCACCUUGAAUGGUAUCUUUCUGCAUGAUCCCACACCAGCAGAGCCUUAGGAGGACUGCACUGUAACAAUUGUCAGCUUUAGGUAUCUUUGGAAAUUAUUUGCCUUGGAAAUGAAAUGACUUAACUUGUGUUAGUGUACCAGACUGGAAAGCUUACGCUCCUUUCUGCAAUAAUUUGUAAAAGACCACUUCACAAGUCUUUGGGAGUCAUCAGUAAAACAAGGCAGGAUGGCUAAAUCCACAAAGCACAUGUAAUGCUGGUGAGUGCGAUAACACAGAGCUUCACCGUCACACCUAGUUUGACACUGAAGCCACCUAGCAGGUUGAUAACAUAGGUGAUAUUUCAGCUGGGGAAUUUACCCUAUGCCUCCUCCCUGUUCAACCCAUAUGAACCUAAUCAUUGCAACCUCUCCUCUUGACAUAUUAUUCCUGAGAGGUACCUAGUUUUUCCAGUUUGUGCUGUAACACAGAUGAACAUUUUUAAUUUCUAAGUCUGGAGUAUUUCCACAUUUCCCCAAAGCUGCCAGUUGGGCAGUGGGCAGUUCUUUUGACAGUAGUUCAAAGUGUGUUCAAAAGCUUUUAGAUAUUUGCUCGGUGUAAACAUGUCCUUGUGACCCGACAGCCUCACUCCUGUCCCUUUAAAAUUUAUCCCAGGGAUUUGAAAUGUCUUAAUUUGUAAUGCCAGUAAAGGUAUUUGUAUUGUAUUGUACUGUCCUAUCUGAAGGUAGCAAAUAUGUGCUACAUAGACUUGGUGGCCAGGAAACUAAGACUAGCCCAAGCUUCUAAGACAGGAUCUCUGUGGCAACACAGCUUUUCGUCCGUGUAAUAUGCAAAGCAGCCCAUAUUGUUUGCUGGCAUAUUCUUCAGGAAUACAGUGGUACCUCUGGUUGUGAACGGGAUCCGUUCCGGAGGCCUGUUCGCAACAUGAAAAGAGCGCAACCUGAAGCACCGUAUCUGCUCAGGUGUGCGCCGUGAUUUGGUGCUUGUGCGCAUGCUCGAAGAGCGAUUUAGCGCUGUUGCGCAUGCGCGAGCGGUGAAACCCGGAAGUAACCCUUUCCGGUACUUCUGCGUCACCGCGGGACGUAACCUGAAAGAACGUAACAUGAAGCAAAUGUAACAUGAGGUAUGACUGUAGAGGAUGUAGUUAAAUGUGCAUUGCAUUCCAGAUCAUGAAUCUGGGCACUGUAUUUUAAUUGGCAGCUCUUUGAUUAAAAUCAGUUCUAUUCUCAGAUGUUUAUAAACUCCCGAGCUCCUUACACUGGCAGCAUAAUUCCCCAUGACCCUCCCCGCACCUCCAAUCCACUGAACAUAUACCAGGAAGGCACGGCUGUGUAGCUUUCCUCGUUCCUUCUUUUCAAAGCAGCAGCCUAGCGGGCAUUGGCAGAGCACUUUCCAUAAGCCCUUAAUAGCUAUAUUUGACAGGUCAUUUCUGUGUCACCUGCGGGUGACACAGUCCUGGAUGGAAAUGCAUAGAUUUCAUUUGCAUUAACACAGUCAGCCGUGGCCAUUGGGGACUUUGACUGUGGCAGGUGAAGAAAGCAAUGGCUGAACGCUCCCUCCCCAUGGACUGCACAGGAUCAACUUAACUAUGGUUGCCAGCUUUGAGAAGGGGAGGGUGUCCGGCUGUAUUUCUUCAGCAGGCUGUGCCUCGCCCCCCCCCCAUUUAUUUGCGUUCCUGUGAGUUUAUGGCACUGUUCCUCAAUUAGUAUUUUUGGGAAAUAGGGCUUGCCUUCAAAAUCAAUUUCACCUUCUGUGACUCUGCAACAAUGAACGUUCACCCUGUUGAUUUGCUUGUGGGGUGUUUAUAAAUUUCCUGCUAAUCAUUCAGCACUCUCGGGUGAAUUUCCCUGCUACUUCCAUAACAGCCAAAAGUCUUUUUUUAAAGGAUGUUUUUAAAAGGUGUCAUUGCAACACCUUAGGGCGACAGAGCACUUUAAUCCACUUUAAUUGUACAAGCCUAGAUUUACCAGCUGUUGCUCGAGUCUGCAGCGUGCAGCUAUGUGAGGUCAUCUGUAGACUGACAAAUGAAUAGUGGGGAUUAUUUUAGCUUUCUCUUUCACUUGAUGACAGUACCAUUCUAACAGCACUGGCCUUGACUUAAACCAGGGAUGGGCAAUUUCCAGUUUCCACCCAAUCUUUGCCUGCCAGGGGGUCCAAACUGACCCAUGAGGCCAUUUUCCUCAAGCUGAAUCUUAUCCCUGAGAAGGAGCUAGACUCAAAACAUUACAGGAAGAAAAAAUACAGCCUUCUUUCCGCACAGCUGAUAUUUCCUCUACCCUUCUCUCUUGAAUUGUUUUUACCCAAUACAAGUCACUUUUCUGCAGUGGCAUAUAGAGCAGAAAUGGAAUGUUAGUUCGGUGAUUAACUGUAUCAUGUGAGUAAACGGUUGGUAAUAUUAUAUUGCCAAGAAAGGGUGAUUGCAUAUAUCUUCACGAUAUUUAUCUUUACGAUAUUUAUCUUUAUUUAGAGUGAGUUAUUAAAGGGUGAGACAGCGUAUUGCAGUGUAUGAAGAGGUGUGUCUCCAGACUAAUUUAAUUUGUAUGUUUGGUGCAGCACAGGAAGAAAGGGCGGGUUUGGGGUGAGGAGAGGGAACGUGCAGCAUGAUACCCAUUAAACAGCCAAUAAGAUAAUGACUCGUGUGUAGAUUUAGUCAUAAUAUUUAAUAUAAUAGUAGGAUGGCCAAUGGUACAGAAAUCCGCCAUAUUUGUAGCCAUAUUUUACACUCCAUAAAAUCAGAACUGUGCUUUACAACGGGUUGGUUCCCAUGACUUCCAGCAGAACAUGUGAACUGUCUCCAUGGGGAUGCAUUCUGCUGGUAAAAGGUAAAGGUAAAGGGACCCCUGACCGUUAGGUCCAGUCUCGGAUGACUCUGGGGUUGCGGCGCUCAUCUCGCUUUAUUGGCCAAGGGAGCCGGCAUACUGCUUCCGGGUCAUGUGGCCAGCAUGACUACGAACCAGAGCAGUGCAUGGAAAUGCCAUUUACCUUCCCGCUGGAGUGAUACCUAUUUAUCUACUUGCACUUCGUGCUUUCGAACUGCUAGGUUGGCAGGAGCAGGGGCUGAGCAACGGGAGCUCACCCCGUCGCAGGGAUUCGAACCGCUGACCUUCUGAUUGGCAAGCCCUAGGCUCUGUGGUUUAACCCACAGCACCACCCGCAUCCCUAAAUAGAAGAAGAGUUUGGAUUUGAUACCCUUCUUUAUCACUACCCUAAGGAGUCUCAAGCUUAAAUGCCAGAGAAGUUCUUUCUGAGAUGAUUUUGAGAGGUGGGGCUUGUCAACCCAGGAAGGCAGCUCAUCCAGGAGAAGGAAAACUGAUCCUAAAACUCCGCUGCCUUGCGGGAAAACCUCAGGAGAAGAAAAGGCUAAGGAGUAAACCCUACACACAUCUUGAGUGGAGUCCAUAAGACGGUUGGGCACCUUGUAUGUCUCCUUCAGGCAACUCCUGCAGCCAAGCUGGUGCCAAACAUCUUGCUCUGCUUUCCUUUGGACUACACCAGAAAGGUUGUCAACUGGGCAGCCCAGGACCAUCAUACACACUGCCCAGGCCUGUGCUCUGGGGAGGUCACUUUGGUGCUGCUAAUGCAGCGGUUUGACUUCUCCCCUGGAGGCACACUCCAUUGUCUCUUGAGACAGAUGGAUGCCAACAAUGCGCACAUGCAAUUCAUUAUUUGGUAUCCAGCCAAUGUGCGGGGAACUGUCAACAGGUCUCCUGCUGAUAGCUCAUUUUUAAUGCUAAGAUGCUAAAGCUGAUUCCCAAGCACAAACUUUGCUCUCAUAAGAAACAUAUUUAUUCUAUAAGGGGGGAAGUCGUGUUCAUGGUUAUUGAUGAACGAAACUUGCCCAUUCGGAUUCAGAAUGGAGUGGGUCUUUCUGAGGCUUUCUGGUCAUUUCUUUGGGGAGAGGUCAGGCUUUUUCUGCCACUUCUACAAAGCUCAAGAAGAUUCAAGCUGGGGAGCUAGACCUCUCGUCUACCAGUUAUGUCCUGCUUCAUUUUCCUGUACAGUGGACUCUCGGGUCGCGAACGUGAUCCAUGCGGGAGGCACAUUCACAACCCGCAGCGUUCGCAACCUGCAGCACUGCAUCUGUGCACUCGCGGGUCGCGAUUUGACGCUUCUGUGCAUUCACAAAGCGCAAUUUGGUGGUUCUGUGCAUGUGCGAGCGCCAAAACCCAGAAGUAACCCAUUCUGGUACUUCCGGGUUCGGCACGGUGCGCAAGCCGAAAACACACAACCUGAAGCAUCUGUAACCCGAGGUAUGACUGUACUUAAAAACUUGUGAUGAGUUGUGGGAGAGUUUCUGAGCUCUGAAACAUUUGCAAGCUCUCUCAACUGCUAGUUUGCCUUCUUACCCUUGAUAACUUUGGAGAUGUGUGGGAAUGGCGAAGAAGAAAAAAUUACGGGAGAAGGCCAAUACUGUGCCAUGACAGGCUCACCUGGAAUUUGGAAGGUGGGCUGGGCUCAAUUCAUAAUGGCUCAAUGAUUUGUUUCUGAACACCCCCGUUCUGAGGUUAUACUCACUCAGUAUUCUUGAUGGGAAGGGUUGCCUUGGUCCAAUAAAAGCUUGUUGUUUCCUGUGUGUUUUUCUCUUUCCAUUUUGCUUCAUUGAAAAUUGCCUUGGUGAGGGUGUGUAAACAGAAGCAGUUGCUUUUCUCCUCCUCCUACCUGAAUCAUCCAGUGCUGGCACAAAUACAGUUUGUGGUUUCACAAAUUUGCAUGCUGCAACCACCUUUGGGUGGGGUGAAUAAGCCAAAACAGAGGAGGAGACGCAAGGAGACAGUCUUUAAGCGGAGUACUAUGCAAGCUUCAUUAAUUUCAUUGGGGAUUACUCAUCGUCCUCACAAGUGUAUUGAUACUGUCCAGCAGCAAUUAGUGGGUUCAGCUAUUCUUUUCUAUAACAUUUAACCAUGAUGGGCAUGAACAGAAAUAAAAGUCAUUGAAAAGGCUGCUAUACCAAAUCUGAUAGUGAUAUGCAGAGAUAGCUACUCCCUCCCCUGGCAACUUGCUGAUACAUAUUUGAGAAAGUUCAAUGCUCUAAUGGUGAUACAUAAAUGCUGCCCCAUUGUGCUUAUAUAUGGGAAGGAGAAAUUGCUUGGUGGCUUAAGUGUAAGAUGAUCUCUCAGGGAAUAUAAGUCCUUACUCUUACAUUUGCUUUAGGAAAUAAUUUCAUAUGGUUUAGCUCUCCAUCUGUCAAAUGAAUAUAGCAAAUAACUGUCCACUGUUUUAUAGAAAUUGUUGCCGUCCCCUCAGAAAGCAUUCCAGUCUCAAGACUUGAAGCAAAUGAUUUAUGGCUGGAAUUUACUGUACAUCAAUAGGUGUAUUGCCUUGUGUGCAAUCCGUAUGUUCUCUGAAAUAUGGUUACAUACUGUAGAAUGCAUCCAAAUAUACAUAAUUUAAGCAGUGAGCGUGCUGUGGAAUUACACUGUUUUAGUCAGAUAUAUAACCCUCUCUUAAUCAGGGAAAGGGAUGCGGGUGGCGCUGUGAGUUAAACCACAGAGCCUAGGGCUUGCCGAUCAGAAGGUCGGCGGUUCAAAUCCCCGCAAUGGGGUGAGCUCCCGUUGUUCGGUCCCUGCUCCUGCCAACCUAGCAGUUCGAAAGCACGUCAAAGUGCAAGUAGAUAAAUAGGUACCGCUCCGGCGGGAAGGUAAACGGUGUUUCCGUGCGCUGCUCUGGUUCGCCAGAAGCGGCUUAGUCAUGCUGGCCACAUGACCCAGAAGCUGUCUGCGGACAAACGCCAGCUCCCUCGGCCUAUAGAGCGAGAUGAGCGCGCAACCCCAGAGUCGGUCACAACUGGACCUAAUGGUCAGGGGUCCCUUUACCUUUACUAAUCAGGGAAAACCCAUUCCUCUUGGCCAAAUGUGAAGAUGUACACAGCAAUGAGUUCAUGUGACAGUCAUGAAGGCACCUCACACCUCCCUUGAGCUGUUUGUUAUCAGUUUAAAGGAACUUACCGGGAUGUUUUAAUUUAAAAACAAAUGAUUACUAAGGUCAACUUACAAGGUGCUUGGUGUGUGUGUGUGCAUAGCAAAAAGGUGAACAGCUUGGGGAAAGGGUUAGAUUGAACUAAGAGGAAAUAAGCAUUGGAUUCAGAAGCAAGUACAUCCAUCCAUUGGGGGAAAGGGGGACAAGGAGAAGUUUUUCUGUCUCUCCCAUAAUACAAGAACCAGGUGCCAUCUAAUGAUGCUGAACGCUCAGGACAGACAAAAGAAAGCACUUCUUCACAGAGUAUAUUAAACUAUGGUGUUCUCUCCCACAAGAUGCAGUGAGAUGUCUAGGGAUUGUCCAUGCGCUGGUCUGAGUGGUUUUGCCUUUGCCCUGCCACUUUCUCAUGGAAAGCCCACUCUUUAGUUCUAAAUCAGAACAAACAGCAGUCCGUGAUUGCCGUUUGUUCCGAUUCAGCGCUAAAGAGUGGGUUUUUCUGGGGGGCAGUGGCAGGGCAAAUGGAGGUGUGGGUGAGGCCUGAGGGGUAAAUUACAGUGCCCAGACUCUUUUGAAAGAGAGAGAAAUGCUUUGAAUGUGCUUUAGAGGUGUAGUGUGGACACAGCCCAUAAACCAGUCGGUUAGUUUUUGUGUGUGCUUUGGUUCUCUUUCAGCCCAGACACAGGUGGAGUGAUUGCACAAGUUGUGCUGAUGUUUCUCUUCUCUUCUACUGAUAACACGGCACUACGGAUGGCAGUUGACAAGAUUUUGCAGGAGAGGUUGAAGAUGUAUCCCGGGUCUGCUCGCAUCAACCUCCCCUCUUCCACCCUCACAGGCAAGUGCCUUGAGUUUUUUUUACCAUUGAUCGAGCUUUCUCUCCCAGGGCUUGUUAUAUUUAUCAUGUUGUACUCCUACUCAACCUUGCCAGCUUCGUUUUUGUUUUUAAGAGCAAGUUUUGUAAGCUAAAUGUACUGGGAACUGUAGGUCUUAAUAUCAACCAAGCAACAUAUUUUCUAUUUUAGGCAUAUCAUAUUGUGAAUCAUAGUUCUGAUUGAUUUUUAAAUAAGUUAUGCUACAGUGCUGAUAUAUCUGAUGGUAGAUUGUCACUUAAAAUACCUGUUUUCUCUCACUCACCUUCGAUAUUUUGGUUGGUCCUAAUAGAUUCUGGAGGGACGUGGGUGGCGCUGGGGGUUAAACCACAGAGCUUAGGGCUUGCUGAUCAGAAGGUUGGCGGUUUGAAUCCCCGUGACAGGGUGAGCUCCCAUUGUCCAGUCCUUGCUCCUGCCAACCUAGCAGUUCGAAAGCACGAAGUGCAAGUAGAUAAAUAGGUACCGCUCCAGUGGGAAGGUAAACGGCGUUUCCGUGUGCUGCUCUGGUUCGCCAGAAGUGGCUUAGUCAUGCUGGCCACAUGACCCAGAAGCUGUACACUGGCUCCCUCGGCCAAUAAAGUGAGAUGAGCACUGCAACCCCAGAGUCGGCCUCGACUGGACCUAAAGGUCAGGGGUCCCUUUACCUUUACCUAGUAGAUUCUGGAUUUUUUUUUUCAAACUUUGUGAAAGUGAUUUUGCAUAGUUAAGAACAUACCCCUAAUACUCUACUCAGGCCUUCCCCAGGAUCUGAUUCUUCGCCCCUUAAGCUGAUGGGUCACUCUCUGGAAUCGGACGCCUCUUGUGGAUCUGACUCAAUGGUCUGCAACCCACUGAGACCCUCCCCUUGGUCUUCCAGUGCUAACUCUCUGAGCUCCUCCCACUCUCCCCCCGGAUCUAACCACCCCCUUCAUGACACCUCCAUGGGGCUCAUGAGAGUUCUAGUGCAUAGUUCACCGAGGGCACCUGCUGAACCUUGCUACUGCCCCAUAAAUUUUAAAAAUAAAUUACAUUUCUUCUAUUUUUCCUCCAUCAUGGAACCCAAGGCAGGGUACAUACGGUUCCCAUCCCUAUAGGAAUGGAGUGAGCAGCUAAUUUCAGCCUGCUUCAGUCUCACUGGUGCCCAGUCAUAGGUCUGAUCUGCCCUAUGUUUUUGCAUAUAUAUAUAUUUAAAAGGAUGCAUGAAAAAUCCAUAGUUAAAUUGUAUGCACUUUUACAUAAAAUACACAUUUUUAAAAAAUAUAAAAUAUGCACUUCUUAGUGUUUUCCAUGCGUUCAUCCGGGGAAUACCUGUUUUGUACACCUAAUUUAUGUAAAAAACAUAUGCAUGUGUGCAUGUUUUCUGCAUGAAAUCUGUGCUGCAAUAUUCAGAGAAGUAUCUGAUCCCAUCCGGAGCACCUUGGGAUCCACAGGAGCAUCAAAUCCAGCUUCCAAGGAAUGCAUCACCCCCUGCUGCGUCCUUGGCAGCUGCCCCCUUGCUGCCUCUACAGCAGCCUCUUGGCAAAUAGGUCGUCUCCCCCCAUCCCUAGGGAGGAAGUGGCAGGGGCUGCCCUUUGGGGUCUCAUGUAACAGUAAAUGCAAUAUGUGAUUUAAUGUGGAACUAUUAAAUGUAUAAAUAGUUGCUGCAGGCCCUCCUGCACAUGUUAUUUUUUUUUUUAAAAAAACCCACACCAUGGUGGGCUGCAAGGGGGAGACUAAUUCCCCCCCCCACCCCGUAUUUUUUGCAAUGGGAGCAAAUGGUGCUAAUAGGAGUUUUCCUCUCAAUGUAAAUAGCAGUGACGGGCAAUUUUUGUCAGGAUUCCAGCAGGAGGGGGUGGUUUAAAGCAGGGGUAGGCAACCUAAGGCCCAUGGGCUACAAGUGGCCCAUGGGGGUCAUUUAACCGGCCCACGAGCCACCCACGAAACGAGCCGCCCAUUUGGCGAGUCCCCACGCACUGCGCUAAACCAGCACAGUGCGGGGACUUGCUUUCACAGUGCCGGAAAUCACACCUACUCAGACGCCAGAAAUCGCAGACGCGGGAUCCGGCCCAUGGAGGGAUCUCCAAUGGAGUGAACUGGCCUAGGCAAGGUAAACCUUGCUGACCCCUGGUUUAAAGUCUCCCUUCCUGUUUGCCACAUCCCAGGUCUUGCUCUUGUUCUGGGAUACCUUAUGCCAUUUAGUUGCACUAAAACCCCAUGCACAUUAAAUAGGCCAGCUCACCCAUGAGACAAGGUGAGACAACCACCUCAGGUGGCAAUAUCCAUAGGGGCAGCAGAUCCGGGUGUCGAUUUUUCUCUCUCCGCCCCCCCUCAUUUCUGCUGUAGAGCUUCGCUCACCCCUUCUCCCCUGGCGGGGAGGGAAGCACCAUUUUGUGGUUCGCCUCUGGUGCCAAAAUGUCUUGGGCCGGCCCUGACUUAAAUGCAUUAAAGCAUUUCACAUCAGCCUACUUUGAUGCUAACCAAUAAUGGACUUAAUUGCUCUAAGAACUUAAUAAACAAGCAACGAAGGAUGGUCUUAAGUCUUUGUGUUUACUUUCUAAAUGGGUGAAAGAAGCUGAAGUUAAGCAUGGCCAGUGCUGGCAUUUUCCAAAGCUGGAUACAGUGGUACCUCGGGUUACAUACGCUUCAGGUUACAUACGCUUCAGGUUACAGACUCCACUAACCCAGAAAUAGUACCUCGGGUUAAGAACUUUGCUUCAGGAUGAGAACAGAAAUCGUGCUCCAGUGGUGCGGCAGCAGCAGGAGGCCUCAUUAGCUAAAGUGGUGCUUCAGGUUAAGAACAGUUUCAGGUUAAGAACGGUCCUCCAGAACGAAUUAAGUAUGUAACCAGAGGUACCACUGUACUUGCUAAGGCCAGGUGAUCUGUAAAGGAUCCUCUCGGCCAAGAUCUCCACAAUUUCACGUAACAUAAAACCAAGGGGAAGGUGGGGCCUGAAUCAUGUUGCUUGUCUAUCCCAUAGCUGUCAACUUUCAGAUUUGAAAAUAAGGGAUCAGCCGCCUCGAAAAUAAGGGAUCAGCAGCCUCACCUGUCCCAGGGACAGUCUACGGGAUAUCUAACAAUCCGGGAUAGCAGCAGGAAGCAGCGGGAAACAGCGCUUGAUAAGGGAAUUUCCCACAAAAAAAGGGAAGGUUGACAGCUAUGGUCUAUCCAUUGACUCUUCCUGCUAGCCCUCUUCUCAAAUCCUGAAGCUACUGCCGACGAUACAUAGUGCAUUAACAAAACACUCUUCCAGGCAAAGCAUAAAUCAACAAAACCGAAUCAAGAAAUAAGUUCCUUCUUUGAUGAAAGCGAUGGAAUAAUAUUUCGAACGAAUGCACGUGUUCAAAAAUGUGGCAUACACUCCAAAUUAAUCAGAAUGAGAUUGGGCUGCUGUAGCCUUCCUGUCUGACAGUGUUUCGAAACAUCCUGCCUCUUCUCUGCUGCCUUUAUCUUCUUCCCAGUAGACUAGCUGUAAAUUGGUUUUGGGGUUUAGUGAUAGCUUCAGUGCCUUGUAGAGAUCUCUCUUCUCACAAUGAAGGAAGAGAAAAUAAGACCCCAGGCAACUUCUGAACGGCUCAAAAUAUUGCUGGCUUUUUUAAAAAAGAAGAAAAGAAACAAAAACUCUUAAAUAACAAACAAGGGAAAGAGCUUCUCUUCUCCCCCACCCCCUUUAUAAGAUCCUCCUUGGGUGCCAUGCUGAUCGCUAUCUGACCUGAAUUGCUACCAACUGUGUCAUCGCAUUUUUCUCUCAAGGCAUGUGCUUGUUAUCUCACACAUCUCUGCUGGCACAGAAGUGGGAGCAACCUGGAGGGGGAUAGUGAAAUUCGCAUUGGAAUGCGGACAACCACUCUCAUGACUCUUAUGACUACUGCUUUGCCAGGCACAGUGGAAGCUGUUAAUCUGGGAUUGCUGGUGUGCACCGAUCCCAUGGCAUUCCACAGCUGA